UGACAGGAGUUAAAAUACCCUCGGAGAGCCGGUAGCCACGGUUGGUUGAAUGCGUGAUAAAUGACGGUAAAUCCGACUGCUCUGUGGUUUGUGUGGGUGUGUAAAAAAACACCGCAGGACCAACAACACAAGAGACCACUCGGCGCAGACGAACCCUGGGAGCAACUGGGGCAAGUCGGCCCGGCUAUCGCUACGAACUCAAGUCCGAGAAAGCCAGUUUCCGGGGUGGCAUUGAAGCUGUCAUUUCUGCCCUGAACUGCGAACAGCUUCAGGACUUUAGUGUCGAGUUACUGCCGAGACGCAAGUUUUCCCAGAACUGAGUUUUAUUUUGCAAGUUUAUCGUGAGAUGAUGACUCUAGGCACGUGUUGAUUUUUUGGGGAAAAAACAAAAAUGGCCGACCACGAGCAAGAGAAAGAUUCAGUCUUCGAGCGAACCAUUCACACCGCCAAAGAUGCGAGAGAUGACGUGCAGAAGAGGACUUUCACGAAGUGGGUCAACUCCCAUCUCAAAAAGCAUCCAUCCAAGCAAUUGUCUGUCGUGCAUGAUUUGUACAAGGAUUUACGGGACGGGAGUCGCCUGAUCGCGCUGCUCGAGGUCCUGACAGGAGACAAGAUACCCCAGGAACGUGGCAAGUUGAGACUCCACCGUCUGCAGAAUGUGGAGAACGCCCUAGCAGUGCUGAAGAAGAAAAAGGUGUAUGUGGUGAACAUUGGGAAUGUUGACAUCGUUGACGGCAACAGCAAGUUGACCCUGGGCCUCAUCUGGACCAUCAUUCUCCACUUCCAGAUCUCGGAUAUCAAGAUCGAGGGCCAGCACCUGCAGCCCAAGGAGGCCCUCCUCCACUGGGCCAAGCAGACCACAGACAGCGUGCCGGGCGUCCGCAUCACCGACUUUGGUCGUAGCUGGCGGGAUGGCCUGGCCUUCAACGCCAUCAUCUACCGCAACCGGCCCGACCUGGUGGACUUCAACAACCUGCGGCCCUCAGAGCACAAGAAGAACCUGCGCAAUGCUUUCACCACUGCUGAGAAGCACCUUGGAGUAACUAGUCUGUUGGAACCAGAAGAUGUGGAUGUCCCCGAGCCCGAUGAGCGUUCCAUCAUGACCUAUGUCUCCUCCAUGUACGAUGUCUUCCCCACGGUCCCCCCAAAGCCAACCAAGACAUCGUCCAUAACCACCACACUGAAGACGUCCCGGCAGACUGGUCCCUCAACUGCCGCCUCGUCCUCACAUGUCCAAGAGAUGCUUGUCCAGCCCUCUAGCAGCCACACUGUCUCCAGCGCCCCAUCUUCCGCUAGUGUCACCAAUGGCACUGAUCCCCAGUGGGAGGUGUACGCUCAGCCGGCUCGCCAGAUGAUGGACUGGGUCAAGCGCACUACCACCAUGAUGGAAGACCGUAGUAUUCCCCAAUCUACGUCUGAAAUCAAGAGAGCUCUAGCUGAUCUAAAUCGCUUCAAGUCUGAGGAGGUCCCCACCAAACAGGCUGAGAAGCAGCGCAUCGCCAACAAAUUCCGAGAUGUGGAGAGGAGCACCAGAUCCACAGGCCAGUUUCGUCCCCCGACUGGCCUGCACAUCAACAACGUAGAGUCUGCCUUUGACCGCUGCAACCUUGCCAUACAGCAGCGAGAGCACAUCCUCAACUCGGAACUCCGCAGAAUGGAGCAACAGGACGCCCUGGCCGACAAGGUCAGCCGACAGAUCCCCAUGGUGUCGGCUGACCUGGACACCAUUCAGAGCAGGAUUCACGACGCCGAGGGCAAAGCUGACAAGAUGACGGCCACCGAUGUGCGCAACACCAUUGACGACAUCGAAUCGGCCUCACGGACUUGUGACAAAAAUAUUGCCAUCCUGAUGCGGGAGGUUGCCCAACUGAGGACCAACAACCACCCAAACGGGGCUGAGCUCGCUAGAAAGCUGGAGCAGCUGCAGCAGCGCCUGGCCACGCUGCGCAACUUCCAGAUCGCCGGCACCACCCAGAAAGUGACCACCCGCACCACGGUGCAAGGCGACCAGGUCAAGCUGGAGCGCCGCGUGGAGAUGCGCACUGAGCGCCGCUUCGUGGAGGGCAACGUGAACCAGUUCAUCAAGGAGUGCUACAAAUGGGUCCAGAACAAGGAGUCUUCUCUGAAAGUUGCCAGCUACGGCGACGAUCUGGAGAAAGUGCAGAAAGCCCUGCAGCAGAGCAAAGCAGAGCUGCACGCCAUACGAGAGUACGAGCGCAACAUCUCCAAGUGUCGCAGCGUCCUGUCCAACAUGACUGGAGAGGAAUUGCAGCGUAACCAGGAGCAGAUCGCCAUCGUGGAAGAUGCUUACAAGCAACUCCUGGAAAUGGCCGUCAAGCGCGUGCGGGACAUUGAGAUCCUCCUGGACUUUGUCCAGCUGGCCACCAAGGAGAUGAUGUGGAUGAACCAGCUGGAGGACGAACACGCCAACCGAGACUGGAGCGCCAAGAACCUCAACAUUGCCGAACUAGAGAAACACUACAAGACACUGAUGCGAGAGAUCCAGGGACGUGAGCGCCAGUUCACGUCGGUUCAGAACCACGGGGACCGUCUGAUGGUGGAGAACCACCCUGCCAAGCCUUGCAUUUCAGACCAUAUGUCUGCCAUGCAGUCCCAGUGGAACACUGUGACCCAGCUGGCCAACUCGCUGGAGACGCACCUCAAGUAUGCCGCCGAGUACUUCCAGUACUUUUACGACGUGAAAGAGUUUGAGCAGUGGAUGGCCCGACAGCAAGAAAUUCUGGUCUCCGCAUUGGACAAGAAAGAAAUGUCACAAGCGGAGACACAGCAAAUGCUCCAAGAAAUAACGAUAAUGAAACAAAGAUUAGAAGAGUAUCAGUUGAUCUUGCGUGAUCUCGCUCAGAGAAGCAGGCACGUUGUGCACCUCAAAAAGCGACGCCAGCGCCUCACCGAACCAAUCCCAGUCAUCGCUGUGUGCGAUUACCCUGGUAUUGAUUUGAAUGUGGUAAAAGGCGAGGAGUACAUGUUGCUUGACAACAGCAAUCGGACCAAGUGGCGGGUGGUCAAUCGGGCCGGAAUGGAGGGGAACGUACCAGGGGUAUGCUUCCUCAUUCCGCCCCCAAACAACGAGGCGGUAGACCACGCCCUACAACUUGAGGCACAGUUCAAGCAUUUAGUUGAUCUCUGGAGCUCAACGCACACAAGAAUGCAGCAAUGGAUCCAGCACCUUAGUCAGAGCCGUAGCCAGAGGCAGUCCACACAGAGCAUUGACUCUGUCGGACGAACGGCGACUACGGUCCAACAUACCCAACAAGUGCCUCAGCAACAGCAGAUUGUACAGAGUACGCAAAAUGGUCAGGAGCUUCACACGAGAUCAACCUCGGCCCGUCGCGUUGUGACUUCCAGAAAGGAGACCACGGAAGAUGGUCAGACGUUCAUUACGGAGGAGAUAACGGAGCAAAUGCCAGACGGGGAGACUCACCGGACGGUUACGACCAGGAAAAUCCGGACCCAGGAGGUUUAUCCGGAUGAGAUUCCUCAGCGAGCCCCCCUGGAAAGGAUGGCUGCGCCAGAGAUCCACACUCACCGGACGGUCACGCUGAAGCAGCACACCUUGGGUCACGAGAGCCGAGCACCCCAGAUGGCUCCGGAUCGGAGCGGCACCUUCCCCCAGGCCAAACGCCAUGCCAUGCUGCAGCAAUUCCAGGAGAACACGGAGCAGAUGAGACUGGAAGAAGAGAGGAGGCAGCAGCAGGAGCAGCAGGAGCAGCAGCAGCAAGCCGCUGAGAUGGACCUGGAGCGGCGGAUGGUCCAAGAAGAGCAUCAACGACGGGAGCGUCUAGAGAUGGAGCGAAGAGAGGAAAUCAGGGUGAUGCAAGAGCAGAUGGAAGCCGAACGACAGCGAGCCGAACGGACCCGACUGGAGCGGCACCAGCUAGCAGAACAGGCCGAACGGCAGCAAGCAGAACGGAUUGCCUAUGAGCAGCAGCGAGCUGAGCAGCUAGCCCUCGAGAGGCAACAGGAAGAAGAGAGGAGGCUUGCUGAACAGAUGGCUCUAGAGAGGCUGGACUUUGAGAUGGCUGUCGCUCAACAGGCCGAGCAGUCGGAGAGGGAGAGUGCCGAGCACAUUGCAGCCAAGCGGCGCAAGUUGGAUGAGGUGGCCCAGCUGACAGCAAGGCAGAGGCUCGGGGAAGAGAUAACCGCCGCCGGGAUGCAGUACGAGCGUUUAGUAGCGCAGCAAGCCGCUGUGGCUGCCCAACAGCGACGGCAGCGCCAAGCGCAGCAACCCAGACAACCAGAAGUUGCUGAAAGCAUCUCGCCGCAUCAGGUGCGUGCCUCAACGCCCCGCGGGAUUGAGAGCCGCUUACACCAACUAGAAGACCUCACUGACCAGUUCCAGUCCUCCAGGCCAGAACCAAGACAUGAUACUCCGAGACGCUCCGAACUGGAACUGAUGCAGCAGGAAGCCCGAGAAAGACUCCAGCAUCAGCAAGUAACAAGAAACCAAUACGUAACAUCUGAGCAAGUGUCGACGCAGUACACGCAAAGACAAGAGGACCAGCGUGAAGUUAUAAGAGAGCAACAGCGUGCUCAUAUGAUUGAAGACGUAGAUACAAGUCAGAUAGGGCAAUUGGACCUUGUCUCUCAGGAAUUGGCCAGGGAGGUUGAGAGCUGUAACCAACUCAUUGAUGAAAUGAGCAAUGCAUCUCAAGCCUCGAUUUCUUCAGAAGACAUGCAAAUAGUUGAAACGGUCAUGCUAGACAUCGAUUCAUUCCUCAGAAGGCUGUACAAAGCUGAGGAAAGACUCCAAUCCAUGGUUGAAACACCCCUCCCUCACACAAUGGAAGAAGCCAGGGUACUACAUAGUGAUUUUCAGACAUUCCAUUACGAUCUGGCCGAGCUGCAGCCGGUUUACGACCGGAUCAGCGACGCCGUUUCCCACAUUCUCCAGGAGCGGGAAGGCCAGUAUCCAAAACUGGCCGAAAAAUUCCACAUUCUAAACGAAAAGUGGGACAGCCUAGUCCGUCAUUCCAACGCGUGCUCCGAGAGAGUUGCACUGGUAACCGACAUAGUGCAUACACUGCACAGAGCACGCGAAGUGGUUACCAGCUGUGAAAAAGUCCUGACCUUACAUGGCAGGAUGCCCGGUGAUAUGGAUAAACAUCAGGACCACUUGGACAAAAUACAGGGUUUACAAAGAACACUUCCGCCAUUCCAGCCCGUGGUGGACAAGCUCAAUGACGAAAUGGCGCGGGUGCGCAGUCUAUCCAAGACCACGCCCACCCACCAGGACGUCCAGAGGCUGGAGAGCGAGGUGCAUGGCAUCAUGGGAAGGUGGGAGGAUGUCUGCACGCAGACGCACGAACGCUUAAAGAGGCUGACCCAAUCGGGCGACCUCUUGCAAGAGUUCAACAACCUCCUGACCAGGGAGAGCAACUGGAUCUCGCAGGCCGAGGUCACGCUCAUGGAGUUUGAGCACGUGGCCAAGGGCGCCCUCAACUUGGAGCAGCAGCUGGUGGCGGCGCGCGACUUCAACACGUCGGUGGCCCGCCACCAGCACCACAUGAUGGAGGCCAACGGGCGGGGGGAGGUUUUCAUUGGACAGGCCCAGUCGUACGACUCCAUGGUGGAAGCGUACAAGGCCAAGAUCCAGCACCACCACCCCCGCACUGUGGCUAAAAAAGACGGCCACAUACCGGGUGCGCGGUUGGUCCGCGAGGACAUGGAACGACUGAACAGGCGUUACCGUGACCUGGUGGCCCGCGUGAACUUGCGCGUCGACACCAUCCAUUCCGCCGGAAAUUUUAAAAAUGCCGACCUGAACAAGGAGUUCCGCAGCAUCUACCAGGUGGUCAGCGAGAUGGUGUACUACGUCAACAUGACCCAGCAGAAACUGACCAACAUGGAGGUCAUCAGUCAGGACAUUCCGGCCCUGACUGUCCAGAUGGAAAAACACAAGAUCUUCCUGGAGGAGAUCGUGCACCACAAGGAGCCCAUCCUGGAGUCGCUGAACCGCGCCGACCGCUUCAUCCACAACAACCGGGAGGAGUGCCAGAAGGCCGAGUGGGCGGAGCAACAGCAGGAGCUGAACGCCAAGAUGGGGGACCUGCGGCACGGCUACGACGUCAUCGUCCAGCUGGCCGAGGACCGACUCAAGAAGCUCAACUCCACCCUCGGCCAGUUACACAAAGACAAGGAUGAAAAGACGGCCCUGGAGAAAGCCUACUUGGACCACGUGGCCAACCUGCAGAACCUGCUGCAGUGGGUGUCGGAGGUGGAGCACGCCAUGGGCUCCGCCCAGCCUGAGGCGGAGCAGGUCAUGACGCUGAACGGGCAGCUGAACAACAUGAAGGCUUUGCGAGAUGACGUGGUCAGCCACGAGCGCGCCAUCCGCCAGAACAUCGACAACAUCCUGCUGUUCCUCAAGAAGCAAGGCGACAAGCUGCCGCGCCAGCAUGCCACCCGCCUGCAGGACUACGUCUCGGAGCUGCGCAUGCGCUACGACCGGCUGAACGGCGAGGCCGACUCGCGCGUCAAGCAGCUGUCGGACGCCCUGGACUACCUGCGCAACUUUGACAAGGAGGUCUCUGCCUUCCAGCACUGGCUGGGCAAGACCCAGGACACCGUGGACGGGUUCGGGCGGGACGCCGGCCGGGACAUCAACGUCCUGAAGAAGCAGUCGUCCCAGCUGCAGUCGCUGAACACCGAGAUCCGCUCUCAGAAGGAGCAACUGAACAAGACCAACCUGGCCGGACAGGGAUUCCUCAACAACGCUAAGGCCUACAAGCAGAUGUUGCACGAGUUCCGGACCAACGCCCUGACCCGUCAGUUCAACAAGACGUUCAGCGAGGCGCCGGACUCCAACGUCAUCCAGGACAGGCUGACGCGCCUCAACGAUGCCUCCGACAAACUCCAGACCAAGUAUGACCAGACCAACGACCACUUGUUGGAGCUGAUCGGCAAGCACCAGACCUUCAACGAAAGCCUGGGCAAGUUCCGGACCUGGCUGCAGUCGGCCGAGCAGACCCUGGGCAAACUGCUGCAGGAGCCCAUCGCCGCCGAGCCGCUGGCCGUCCAGAAACAGAUUGACAAACUCAGGACUUUCAACGAUGAAGUGAUUGAGCAUUCCAGAGACAUUGAGCAAGCCAAAGAGGCCGGUAAGGACCUUGCCGACGCCCAGGACGAAGUCAAGAAUGACGUACAGCAAGCCCUUGGUGAUGCGCAGGAGCGCUACAGCCGUCUGGAGCGACAGAUCGCCGAGCGCAGCAACACCUUGCAGAUGACCCGCAUGCAGUGCCUGAGCCUGCAGGACAGCCUGCACAGCCUGCUGAUCUGGCUGGAGGAGAAGGAGAACACGUUCAACAAGCUGGACACCACCAAGACCAUGGUCAAGAGGAACGCUGUGAUGGAGCAGCUCCAGCAGCACAAGCUCCUCCAAACCGACAUCGACAGCCACAAGCCCAGCGUGGCCUCGGCCAACGAGUCCUCGGCCGAGCUCAUCAAAGAGUGCGACCCAAAGAUGGCCCGCAACAUCCAGACCCGUCUGGACGACCUCAACUCCCGCUUCGAGAAGGUCAUUGUCCGCGCCCGGGACCGCAAGGAGUCCCUCUCCUCCCUGCUGGACCGGCUGGUUCAGCUCCUGGAGGAGGUCGGCGAUCUGGAGGACUGGAUACUGCCCGUGAUUGAUACCUUGGAGUCCAGGGAGCUGGUGAGGCUGGACCUGCCAGACAUGGGAGGCAGACUGCAGGACUACCAGCGUCAGGUGGACAACCGCCGGCCCCAGUUUGAGAAGAUCCAGAAGAUCGGCCAGGAGUUGCUGCGAGGCUCCAAGAACGCCGACACCAGCUACGUGGCCGAGAUCCUGGACAACGUGGGCCUGAACUGGCGCUCCCUGGAGAAUGCCUUCGGCCGAAGAAUGCAACAGUGGGAGGAGCGCAACAAGGCCUACAAGGCCUUCGACGAGAAGGUGAAGAACGGCACCGUGUGGCUGGGCGGCAUGGAGGACAAAGUGAACCAACUGCAGCCCAUCGCACGGGACAAAGAGACCAUCAACGUACAGAUGCAGCAACUGCAGCCGCUCCAGAAGGAGUACAACGCCUACCGGCCCAACAUCGAGGAUGUGCGCAAGCUGGGCCGCACUCUGGACACGGUGACCCGGGAGGCCAUGUUGCCGCUAAACGUGGCGCCCAGACGCUCCAGCCUUGCCAUCACACCCAAGGAGGGCAGGUACCAGGUGGAAGGCAGGUCGUCCCGGAUGCAGCGCUACGUGCCGGAGGAGCCCGAUCGACAACGCUUGAGCUUCUUUGAAGAAGAGCAAUCGGAGACCCAGCGCACAGUCAACCGCGUCAUCGACCGCUACAACCACCUGGGCAACAAGCUGAGCUUCCGUCAGGAGGAGCUGGAUGCCUACCUGAACCUGGCCAAGCUGUACGCGGACCGGGUCCGGGUCAUGAACGACCAGUACGACUGGGUGACCAGCGUGGAGCAGCAGCUGGACAGCCAGGGGCCACUCAGCAACGACAUCGGCACGCUGGAGGAACAGUUCAACAAGAUGAAGGUUCUCCAGCGUGAGAUGAACGACAGUCGCCCCCAGGUGGAGGAGGUCAUGAUGUCCACGGAGGGCUUCAUGCGGGAGCACAAGGAGCGCCUGGGCCCCGAGCAGCAGGACGUCCUGCAGCGCGGCGUCUACGACCUGCGCUCCCACUUUGACAAGGCCAACCACAAGGCCGGAGAGUGGACCAGACAAAUGCAAGACAAGCUGAACCUCCUUCGUGAGGUCCAGGAGAAGAUCAACACACUGAGCAAGCUGGUGGAAUGGAUCAGCGACACGGAGCACCAGAUGGGCAGCCAACAGCCGAUGAAUGAGGAGCUACGCCCGCUGUCUGAGCAGCAUCGUCAACAGAAGGUUGUGUAUGAUGACGUGCGUGUGCACCACGAGCCGGUCAUGCUGGCUGUGCACAAUGCCCAGUUCCUGCUGGAGACCCAGCCAGACAAACUCAGCGACAGCAACCACAGCAAACUCAAGGACUACUCCGGUGAUCUCAAGGGGCGUUACGACCAAGUCAACGCCAGCUCUGAGACGCGCAACCACCACGUCACCUCAGGCUACAACGAGCUGCAGAAGUUCGACCGGGAGUUCUCCUCCUUCGAGACCUGGCUGCGCUCGGCCGAGCGCACGCUGGACGCCUACCUGAUGGACGUGGCCCGGGACCGGGACGCGCUGCGCAAGCAGGUGGCCAAGAUGCAGCCCUUCAAUGAGGAGGUGGUCUCGCACUCGGCCGACCUGCGCUUCAUGAACAUCUCGGGCCAGAAGUUCCUGGACGAGAACCAGGAUUAUCGCCAGAAGCUCAACCAGUUCCGGGAUGCCGUCAUGAGCAACCAGUUCCUGCGCAACUUCCGCCCGGAGCCCGAGUCACAGAUCAUCCGCAGCAAGCUGUCCGACGCCAACGAGCGCUACGAGCGCCUCAAGCUGAAAUGCAACGACCACACUCAGCGCAUCCUCUACCUGCUCGGUUUGCACGAGAAGUACCGCACCGCCGUGGACUCCGCGCUGGUCUGGAUCGACAACACGACUUGGGAGAUUGACGAGAUCACAAAGGAGCCACUGGGCGAGAGCCAAGAAGUGGUCCAGCAACAGAUAGACCGCAUCAAGGGAGUCCAAGAUGACGUAUCCCGCCACCUCAAGGACGUGGAGAAGGUGAAGGCUGCUGGUAACGAGCUGUCUGAGGAACAGCCAGACCUGAAACCGAGCAUCGACAAGACCGUCAAUGAGGUUGUGACUAAAUACAACAAUCUGGACGUCUGCAUGGCCACGCGCAGCAACGACCUGCAUAGGGCCAUGCGGGACAUGCACGGCCUGGAGGAAGGCCUGGACAUGUCCCAGAGCUGGCUGGACGAGCUGGAGCGGAAGCUGAUGCGCAUGGAAGGCACCAAGGUCACCGUCAAGCGGGAGCCCAUCCUGGAGGAGGUGCAGAACCUGAAGAUCCUGGAGCAGGACCUGAAGCACCACCGUCCGACCAUCGAGACCCUGACGGAGAGGGUGGCCAAGGUCAGCCAGACCUCCAACCCCAUCGUGGCCCGCAACCUGCAGGCUCAGAUGGAAGGCAUCAACCAGCGCUACGGCAAGCUCUGCGACGGCGUCGGUGCCUUCGACCAGGACCUGCGGGGGAUGCUGGACAAGCUGGGCAAGCUGCUGGACGACGUGGACCAGCUGGAGGACUGGAUGUUCCCGGUCCUGGACACGCUGGAGUCCCGGGACCUCAAGAAGCAGGAAAUCCCCGAGAUUGAGCGGGCCAUCCAGAAAAUCACACGGGAGGUGGACACCCACACGCCAGAGUACAAGCGCAUCGGCAAGGUGGCUGAGGAGCUGACCAAGCACCACCGCACCCGCGACCCGACCUUCGUGGUGGACCUGAUGAAGAGCCUGGACAGGAACUGGCAGACCAUGGAGGAGGCUCUCACUAGGCUGAAUGACUACCUACAGGAGAGGAAACAGCUGCACAACAAGUACCGCAACUCGGUCAAGGUGGUCAGCAUGUGGCUGGAGAGCACAGAGGUCAAGUUUGACCAGCUGCCCAACAUUGCCCGGGAUCUGGACACCCUCAAGAACCAACUGGAACAGAUGAAGCCCCUGAAACGGGAAGUCACCGGCUUCAAACCCAAGAUCAACGAGACCUACGAGCUGGGCAAAUCACUGGACCAGCUGAUCCAAGCCGCCGAGACCGUGGUGACCAAUCGCCGCCGCUCCACCAAGGUGGCCGGCGGCGAUGCGGCGCAGAUGGAACGGCGCGUGGUGGAACUCCAGCAGAACUUCCAGGUGUCCGAAGACACGGAGGUGAUGCGGGAAGUGAAAGGCCUGCGCACCGCCUACGAGACCCUGGACAAGAAUGUGAUCCUGCGGGAGGAGGGCAUCCAGGAGAUGUACGACAUCAUCCGCCAGUACAACGAUCGCAACCAGGACCUGCAGGUCCUGCUGGACUGGAGCCGGCCCAUCAAGGCCAAGCUGCAGGAACGCAUCCCAGACAUCCGGGACGUGUCCUCCCUGCAGGCUAUCAUCACGGACCACAAGGCCCUGCACUCUGAGCUGGUCUCCCGCCGGCCGGUCAUCCUGGAGGCCAUUCAGAACGCCGAGCACCUACUCCACGACCGUCGCGACAAGCUGACCCCGCAGCAGGUCCAAGAGAUGCAACGUCGCAUCGACGAGCUGAGGGAGUACUACGAGAACCUGGUCGGACUGUCGCUGGAGAGGCUGAACGCCCUGCGGGACAUGCUGGCCCUGCUGGACUCGGAACAGAGAGACAAGGCUGCCCUGGAGCGUGAGACCAAGCAGCGAGUGGACACCCUGGUGGACCUCCUGGACUGGGUCACCAAGGCAGAGCAGUCCCUGGGCAAUGAGCAGCCCCUCCAUGAGCAGCACCCGCCGCUCACACACCAAGCCAAGGAACACAAGACACUCAACGAUGACAUCUUGGCUCACCAGCAGCCAGUGCUUCUGGCAGUGCACAACACGGAGACCUUCCUGGAGAACCGCGGCGGCCAGCUAGGGCCCGAGGUCCGCAACAAGCUCCAAGAAGGCAAGACGGCCCUCAAGACCCGCUACGACACCGUGACCAGGGAUUCAGAGUCCCGCGUGCGCCAGCUGAACAACGGCGAGGACAUCUUGGAGCGGCUGGAGCCGGACGCCGCCAGCUUAGAGGAGUGGCUCCAGGGAGCCGAGCGCUCCAUGGAAAAGUUCCACCGGGAGAUUGGCUCAGACACGGAAACGCUCCGCCGGCAGGUGCGCCAGCUCAAGGACUUCAACGAGGACGUCUUCAGCCACAAGGGCGACCUGAAGAUGAUCAACAUGGCGGGACAGAAGUUCGUCAACGGCGCGGACCUCUACCGCAAGACCAUCGGCGACUUCCGCACCAACGUCCUCCCGCGACAGUUCAACCAGAGCUUCCGCGAGGACCCCGAGAGGAACCUGAUCCGGGACAACCUGAACAACCUGAACGCCCGCUACGACCGGCUGCAGAAUGCCAGCAGCACACACUUCACGGUCCUGAGCGACCUCCUGGACAAGCUGGCCCGCUACAAGGACUCUGUGGAUGUGACCCUGUCCUGGCUUCAGGAGGCCUACGAGACGCUGAACAGACUGAUGAGAGAACCAGUGGGAGUGGAGCCAGAGUUUGUCCGCAAACAGAUUGAUCGACUCAAGAUUUUCUACGAUGAUGUCACAGCGCACGCCAAGGACGUGGAGCGCUGCCGUGAGACUGGCCAAGAUCUGUGCGAGGGUCAUCCCGAACUCAAACCCGACGUGGAGAAAACAGUCGGAGCCAUCGUCGACAAAUACAACGGGCUGAACUCCAGCUACAGUGACCGCAUGAACCUCCUGCGCAGCACGCUGACCAAGACCCAGGACGUCCAGGAGAGCAUGGACAGCAUCCUGAACUGGCUCAACACGGCCGACCGCACCGAGACCCAGCUGGAGCAGGGCUCGGUCCUGCAGGCCAAGCGGGAACCGAUUCAGGAGAGCUGCAACCAGCAGAAGAGCUUUGCCACGGAGCUGCAGAGCUAUCGGCCCAGCAUUGAGUCCGUCAACAUGAACGCUGCCCCGCUGCUGCGCGAGAGCACCCCGGAGAUGGCGCGCACCAUCCAAACCAAACUAGACAAGAUCAACUCUGGCUACAGUGACAUCAGUGACCGCACAAAGAAACUUGGUGACAACUGGAACAACGCCAGGAACCAGGUGGAGAACGCAGAGGAUUCCGUCGACACUCUUGAUGACUUCAUCCUGCCAGUGGUCGAGCAGCUGCAGUCUUCAGAACUCAUGAAGAUGGAUCCGCCCCUGCUCAGCAAGAAGCUCAAGGACAUCAGCCAGCAGAUUGACCGGCAGCGACCUAACUACCAGAAGACCCGUCAACAGAUGGAGGAGGUCAUCAGGAACCCUGCCAUCAAGGACUCCUCCGCCAUGUCCUCCAUGCUGAACAACGUGGACGGCAACUGGAACACAAUGGAGGACAUCCUCAACACAAGGAUGCAGCAACUGGAGGAGUUGGAGGACGCCAACAGGCACUACAACACCUGCAGUGACGACAUCGACCGGAUCGUGGGCACCAUGGAGAGGAAGUUUGAGCAGCUGCCGUCGGUCACACGAGACAGCAAGAUUAUCUCUAGUCAGAUGAACAGUGUCAAGCCAUUGAAGAAAGAAUCAGCCCAGCUCAAGCCGCGCAUGGAGGAGAUGUCGAACAUCUGCAAGACCCUGGACAACCUACAGCGGGAGGUCAUCACCCCGGUCCAGGCCAAGCCCGUCCAGCGCUCCAUGCAGCUGGGCAGCAUGGCCCCCGGUGAGCCCCAGGUCAAGAAGGUCAAGAGGACGUUUGAGGAGCUGUCCCGCAGCACUUUCCUUCCCCAAGAAUCGGAGCCCACCCAGCGCCUCAACUCUUCCAGCCGGCGCUAUGACGACCUGAGCAAGAACAUCAACUACCGUCUGGAGGACCUGGAGCUCAUGCAGGACUUCAUCGGCCACAACGACGACGGCAACGACCUGCUGUCCUGGGCCAUGACCACGGACGCCAAGCUGGACCGACAGCGACCCACCAGCAACGACAUCGACACACUGCAGAAGGAGAUCGACAACUUUAGUCUCCUGGCCCAAGACGUUGACAACCACAACAACCCCAUCAACGACAUGAUCCGUCGCCUCGACAACUUCUACAACCAGAACCUGGACCGUCUGUCGCCCGAGCAGCGCGACGCCCUGCAGCGCCUCAGCGACGACCUGCGCAACCGCUACGACGAGCUGGUGCGCAAGAGCCGGCUGGAGAUGACGGACGCCGAGAACCGGCUGAACCAGCUGCGAUCGGAACAGGACGAACUGAACACCCUGAAUUCCCGCAGUCAGAAGCUAAUGGGCGAUAUGACGCAGCUCUCCAACUGGAUCGACAAUGCGGAGAAGGCCCUGGGUUCUGAGCAGCCGCUGAACGAGGAAGUCAGGCCCCUCAACCAGCAGGUCAACCAACACAAGGUCCUCCAUGAGGACAUCGUCAAGCACCAGGAGCCCAUCCUGAAGUCAGAGCAAGACACCAAGCGCUUCCUGGACCAGUACGGCCCCCGCCUGCGGGACGCUGACCGUAGCAAGCUCCAGGACAUGGCCGACAACCUGCACUCCCGCUACGACGUGGUCAACAACCAGUCCCACCAGCGGCUGAACAAGCAAGGGUACUGCGCUGACGACCUGAACAAGUACGACACGGAAGGUGGGUCCUUCGGCAGCUGGCUGGACGGCGCCGAGCGCAAACUGCAGCAGGCCCAGAAGAGCGUACCCCAGGACCUGGAGGCCCUGCAGCGGCAGAUUGCCGACCAGAAAGCCUUCACCGAGGAGGUCAGCGACCAAAAGGGAGACCUGAAGUUCAUCAGCAUGACAGGCCAGAAAUUCCUCAAUGAUGCAAAGGGCUACAAGUCCGACCUGUCUGAGUUCCGGGCCACCACUCUGCCCCGCGACUUCAUCCGCUCCUUCCAGGAGAACCCCGACACCAACAUCAUCACAGACCGGCUGGGCAACCUGAACGACCGCUACGCCAACCUCAAGACGGACAGCAUCCGCUUCACCAACGAGCUGGCCGACAUCGCCGACCGCUUGCAGCGCUACCAGAAGUCAGUCAACACAGCCGACCGGUGGCUUGGGGACUCGCGCUCCACGCUGGACGGUUUGUUGAGCAAGCCUGUCCCAGCCGAGGCGUCGGAAAUACAGAAGCAAAUCGACGACCUCAAGGUCUUCUUUGACGGUGUGGUGCACUUCUCGGACGAGAUCGACGCCGUCAAGACCAACGGCAACGACCUGUGUGCGGUGCAGCCCCAGCUGGCGCCCAGCGUGGGCCGGACCACGGACGACGUCAACCAGCGCUACAACGCCCUCCACGGCCAGAUCGGGGAUCGGCUGAACAGCUUGCAGGACGCCCUGGGCAAGUCCCGCAGCGUGCAGGACAGCCUGGACAGCCUGCUCAAGUGGCUGGACCAGGCCGAGAAGGAAGCCCACAUCAUGGACAAAGGGACCGUCGUCAAAGUUGAACGGGAGCCACUGCAGGAAUCCUCGCAGAACUGCAAGGUCUUCCAGACGGACAUCAACAACCAUGCCCCCGUGGUGCAGAACCUGAAUGACCAAGUCACCAAGCUGAUGCGCACCAGCGAGCCCAAGGUGGCCGAGGUCCUGAAGAACCGCAUGGACGAGGUCAACCAGCGCUACGCCGGCGUGGACCACACAGCCAAGCGGCACGGCGGCCAGCUGACAGACCUGACGGACAAGCUGAACGAGUUCGAGAAGGAGGUGGACCUGCUGGAGAACUGGGAGCUGCCGUUGCUGGAGACGCUAGAGUCGCGCCGCUUCAUGAAGGACGAGCUGCCCAGCGUCCACAGCAAGCUGACGGAUGCCACCAGGCAAGUAGAGAACCACCGGCCCCAGCUGGCCAAGGUCCACAAGCUGGCCGAGGAGCUGCUCAGCCACCCUCGCGGCAACGACACCACCUACGUCCAGAAAGUCCUGGACAGUGUGGACAGCAACUGGGAGACUACAGAGGACGUCCUGGAGAAGAGGAAUUCCCAGUUCGAGAACCGCCAGGCGGCCACCAAGAAAUACUUGGCUGCCCACAAAGACACCAGCUACUGGCUUGACAACACGGAGCGUCGCGUCAACCAGCUCCAGGCCGUCUCCAAGGAUCCCGGAACCAUCGACAUCCAGUUGAAGGAGGUCCGGCCCAUCCGGGAGGAAGUCGUGGCCUACGAGCCCCAGGUGGACACCGUCUGCAGCCUGGGUACCACCCUGGACCGGCUGGUUAAAGAGACGGAGUCACCGCUGUCCGUGCCGCCGCACCAGCGGUCGACUUCCGUGGGACAGGCCCGGCGACCCGGGGAGCGGCUGCGACCCAAGAUGAUCGAGGAGUCUCUGGAUCAGAGCUUCCUGGAAGAGCAAUCCCCCAUCUUGGACGAGACCCAGGAGGUGCGUCACCGCUACGACGACCUCCUGCGCCGCCUGACCGGCCGGCAGGACCUCCUGGAGCUGCUGAGCGAGUACAACCAAGUCAACACCCGGCUGAUUGACACCCAAGAGUGGGUCAUCCAGAUGGACUCAAAGCUGCACCAGAAGAAGCCCGGCGGGAAGGACCUGGGCUCGCUGACCCAGGACAUGGACGAUAUCAAGACUAUUCAGACCAACAUGCGCGCCCAGCGGGAGCCCAUCCAGGAGGUCAUCAGCGAGGCCGAGGCCUACCUGCGGCUGAACAAGGACAAGCUGUCCCCCGAGCAGAUUGAGACCUUACAGAAGCGCAUCAACGAGCUUCGGCGCUACCUGGACCAGAUCUGGGUCAUCACAGAGCAGAUCAUUAAGGAGACAGAGACCGAGAUUCACAGCAUCAACCUCCAACAGGAGGAACAGUCCAACCUUGGCCUAGAGUUCCUGACAGUGAUGGAAGCCCUCAAGGAUCUCCUGGAGUGGGUGCGGUUGAAAGAGGAGCAGCUGGGCUCUCAGCAGCCCAUGACUGAACAGACCAACACCCUCAGGAACCAACUCAACACGCAACAGGAAAUCAAUGAGGACAUUCAGAGCAAGAACGAGCCCGUUCAGCAGGUUUGCCAGGACGCGAAAGCCCUGCUGAAGGUUAAAGGUGACAAGAUGGCUGCCGACAACAAGCGAGACCUGGAGGACGCCGUGGAGCAGCUCCAGUCACGCUACGCGGUCAUCAACGGCAACUCGGCCGACCGCACCAACAAGCUGACCUUUGGCCACCAGGACCUGGACAAAAUUGAGGAGGGAUGCGGUGAUUUUGCAACAUGGCUUCAGAAUGCAGAACACGAUCUGGCCACCAUCCUCAAAAAUGUCAGCAACGACUACGACACGCUGUCCAGGCAGACAGACGAGCACCAGAACUUCACUGACGACGUCGUGACACACUCAGCCGACUUGAAGUACAUGAACAAGGCAACACAGAAACUCUUGUCUUCGGCCAAGACCUACAAGGAGUUCCUGGCAGCUUUCCGCCAGCGCGUGAUGAGCCGUCAGUUCCAGCGCAGCUUCCAGGAGAACCCGGACCAGGACCUGCUGCACAAGAUGCUGGAGGACUUCAACGCCCGCUACGAGCGGCUCAAGGCCGACUGCUUCAACCACGGCCGGCACCUGCAGCGACUCCUGAACAAGCACAAGCGCUUCUUUGACAAGUCAGAGGACACGGACGCCUGGCUGCGGGACGCCGAGGACCGCAUGCAAGGCUUGCUCCAGAAGCCCAUCGGUGCCGAGACAGACACCAUCAAGCGACAGAUUGAUGAGUUGGACAACUUCAAGAAGGACGUCAAGCAGCGGCGGACCGAUGUGGACAAGGUCAGAGACUUUGGCGAAGACUUGAUUGCCAUCCAGCCUAGCGUCCGUGUGCCUGUACAGAGGACAGUCGAGGAUAUUGUUGACAAGUACGAUUCCCUGGACGGUCAGCUCAACAACCGAUCGCGCCUCUUGCAGGAGGCGCUGGCCCAGUCCCAGUCCAUGCACGACAAUCUGAACGAUCUGAUGAGCUGGCUGGACGGGACCGAGAAGGACGUCCACAAGAUGGACAAAGGCACGGUGGUGGUGGUCAAGAAGGACCCCAUGCAGCAGCAGAUGCAACAGGGAGAGGUAAUCAACGAAGAAAUCACAGCCAAGCACAACAUGAUCGAGGAGUGCGUCAACAGGGCCAACAGUUUUGUGCAGCAGUGCGAUCCCGUGGAGGCCCAAGUCAUCAAGUCCAAACUGGACAACCUUCACUCCCGCUACAAUCAGGUGAAAGACACAACCCAGGAGCACGGUCGGCAGAUGGGCAGCCUCAAGGAACGGCUGAGCGACUUUGACAAGCUGGUGGAUGAGCUGGAGAACUGGUUGCUGCCUGUCCUGGAGCACGUUGAGGGCAAGAAGUUCAUGGAGCAGGACCUUCCAGUUGUCGGAGACCAGCUCAAGACCUACAAGAUGCAGAUGGACGACCGCCGACCACUGUACAAGAAAAUCCACGAGGUGGCCGAGGAGUUAAUGAAACAUCCCAAGGCCACCGACGUCUCAGAGAUCAAGACCAUGAUGACCAACAUUGAGCUUAACUGGGACUGCCUGGAUGCUGCUCUGGGCAAGAGAACCAAACACUACGAGGAGCGGACCGCCGCCCAGAAGACGUUCUUCAACUACAUGAAGGACGUCAACAACUGGAUCGGCAGCCAGGAGCGGAGGAUAGGCCAGAUGGAAGCAGUGGCUAGAGACACCAAGCAGUUGCAGUCACAGAUCACUGAAGUCAAGCCCUUCCAGCAGGAAGUCAAGGACUACAAGCCCAAGGUGACGGAAAACGCCCGUCUGGGAGCCAUCUACGACAAGAUGAUCUACGAGACCGAGAUCAACAUCGCCACCCGGCCCCACUACCGCUCCACGGAGCUGGACCUGACCAAGCCCAUCGACAGGAGAGUCUUUGAGGAACCCAAGUUCAUCGAGGAUCGUGACACGGAAGCAGACCACAUGGUGGCCGACACCAACCAGCGCUACGAGCACCUGGUCUGGCUGCUGUCGGAGCGUCUGGAAGACCUGGAGCUCAUGCUGCAGUUCAUGGAGCGCUGCGGCGGGGUCUUCGGCCUCCUGGAGUGGGCCAACGACACGGAGACCAAGCUGAACCGUCUCAAGCCCACCAGCCGGGAGAUCGAACCCCUCGAGGAAGAGAUCCAGGAAUUCAAGGUCAUCGUGGACGACAUCGCUUCCAAGAAGGGACCAGUUUCGGACGUAACCGUCCACGCCGAGCAGUUCCUGCGCACCACCAAGGACAAGCUGACCCCCGAACUCCAGGACGAGCUGACCAACAUCGUCCGGGAGCUGCGCACCACCUACGAGCGUCUGCAGGGCCACUCCCUGGACUGGCUGCGGCAGGCUGAAGACCUGCUGGCCAAACUCAAGAAGGAGAGGGACGAGAACAUGACUCUUGAAGAGCGCAUCCGUGAGCUUCUCAGAGCUCUGCAGGCCCUGCUGGACUGGGUGGCCGAAGCUGAGAGACGUCUAGGCUCCGAACAACCCCAGGACGAAACUGUCAAACCAUUGACCAGACAGCAGACCGAGCACACGGCUCUGAAUCAGGACAUCCAGGAGCACCAGCAGCCCAUCCUGGAGGUGGUCCAGGACGUGGAGAGCUUCCUGAAGCAGUACGGCAGCCGCGUGGACCAAUCCAACCAGACCCGACUGCGCACCUUGCAGACGGAGCUCAAGUCCCGCUACGGCGUUGUCAACUACCAGUCCACCAACCGACAGACCAAGCUGACCACAGCGGUCGACGAGCUGGUCAAGUUCAGCGAGGACCAGGCCGAGUUUGACCCCUGGUUGGCCAAGGCGGAGCAGACCCAGCAGGCCGCGCUCAAGAACGUCGGCCGCGACCUGGCCACGCUCAAACAGCAGAGCGGCCAGCAGCGAGCCUUCAACGAGGACGUGCUGGGUGAAGCCGCCGACCUGCGCUUCAUGAACGUGACCGGCCAGAAAUUCCUGGAUGCUGCAAAGGUGUACCGCCAAGACCUCUCGGAAUUCCGGGCCACCGUGCUGCCACGCGAGUUCACCCGCUCCUUCAUGGAGAACCCGGAGUCCCAGACCAUCAACAGCAAGCUGCGAGACUCCAGCGACCGCUACAAUGACCUCAAGCGCACCUCAGCCCGUCACACGGAGUUCCUCCAGGACCUGGUGACGCGCCACCAGGCCUACCGCAAGGCCAGCGACACCAUGCUGGACUGGCUGCCCGGAGCGGAGAAGACAGUCGCCACUCUGGUGAAGGAACCCAUCGGGGCUGAUCCCAUCAGCGUCCAGAAACAGAUCGACAAAGUAGAGGCCCUUCGCGAUGACGUCAUGUUCCAUCACAAAGACGUGGAGAACGUGAAGGAGUCUGGCAGUGAAGUGAUCGAAGUACAGGAGGAGCUGCGUCCAGAAAUCACCAAAAACACGGAUGACAUCGUGCGGCGCUACGAGGCCCUGCAGGCGCAGAUCGCUGAGAGGCUGAACGCCCUGCAGCGGGCCCUGGCCCAGUGCGUGGACGUCAAGGAGCAGCUUGACAUGCUGCUGCGCUGGCUGGAUGAAGCCGAGCGCAACACCCACAAAAUGGAGAAAGGAACGCUGAUCGCUGUCAAGAGGGAACCACUGCUGCAGAACACGCAGGAACAAAAGGUCAAUUUCUCGGACAUCGACAACCACCGGCCGGCCGUGGAGACGGUCAACGUGAGCGCCCAGCGCCUGAUCCAGUCCAGCGAGCCCACGGAGGCCCGCCAGCUCCAGGCCAAACUGGACGACAUCAACCAGCGCUACGGGACCAUCGACGGCGUCACGCUGCGUCACGGCGAGUACCUGGACGGGCUCGGCUACAAGCUGUCGGAGUUUGAGAGCGAGGUGGAGCAGCUGGAGGACUGGCUGCUGCCCUCGCUGGACAUGCUGGAGUCCAACGAGCUGACCCAGCAGGACCUGCCGGAGUUUGGCAGCCGACUCCAGGACUUGCGUCGGCAGGUGGAGAACCACCGACCAGCACUCAAAAAGGUCAAACAGAUGGGCGACGAACUGAUCAAGGACCCUAAGGCGAAGGACACCUCUCACGUCACCGCCAUCCUGACCAACGUGGACUUCAACUGGAAGGCGUUGGAGGAUAUGCUAGCCAAGAGGAACAAGCAGUUCGAGGAGCUGACCGCUGUCAACAAGCGGUACGGCACCACACGCAAGGACGUGACCUACUGGCUGGACACCACGGAGCGCCGUCUGGACCAGGUGCAGCCCGAAGCCCUGGAUCUCAACACCAUCCAGGUCCAACUCAAAGAACUCAAGCCCCUCCAGAAGGAGAUCAUCGACUACAGGCCCAAGAUUGACGAGAACACUAAGACCGGCAACACCCUGGACACCUUGACCAAGGAGGUGGCCCAGCCCGUCCAGGCCUCGCCCCACUACCGCUCCACGGAGCUGUCUGAAGUCACCAAGGACAAGACGCCAAGAAAACCAGAGGAACCAGUCCAGUUCUUGGGCGAGACUCCGAUCCAACGCGAGGUCGGCGAGGUCAACCAUCGCUACGACGCCCUCCUGCGGCGCGCCCAGAUCACACUGGACGACCUGAUGCUGUCGGAGCAGUGGGUGGAGCAGAACAGCGCCCUCAAGACCUCGCGGGACUGGGUGACCAGCUCGGAGGCCAAGAUGGAUAAGACACGGCCCACCAGCAACGAGAUUCAGCCGCUGAUCAAAGAAAUCGAAGUCUUCAAGGGUGUGCACAGUGACGUCCGCAGCCGGCAGCCGCAAAUCGCCGACGUGGUGACCAGCUCGGAGCAAUUCCUGCGCAAGAAUCGUGAGCGGCUGUCCCCCAAGCAACGGGAAGAGAUGGAACGCCGCAUCGAAGACCUGAGGACCAACUAUGACACUGACUACAACAGGGUAGAGGACUGGCAGAAGGAGGCCAUCGACAGGCUGAACCAACUCCAAAAGGAGUACGAGUACAGGAUGCGUCUGGAGGGUCAGAUUAGGGAGAAGAGCCUGCGCCUGCAGGAGCUGCUCGACUGGCUGAGCAAAGCCGAGCAGGCCCUGGGUGCAGAACAGCCACUCAAUGAGCAGUCACAGCCACUCACCAAACAGUACAACCAGCACAAGCCAUUGCAUGAUGACAUCCAAGCUCACCAGCAGCCCAUCCUGCAGUGCAUCGAGGACAUCGAGCAGCUCUUCGUGAUCUUCGGCGACGCUGUCCCGGCCGCCGACCAGACUCGCCUGCGUGACGGCCAGGGCCAGCUCAACUCCCGCUACCAGAACGUCCACACCGCCUCCCACACCCGCCUCCAGAAGCUGAACGCGGGCAUCGAGGAUGUCAACAAACUGGAGGCCGACUUUGGCGAAUUCGCCGACUGGCUGCGCGCUGCAGAGCAGCACAUGGACACGGCCGAGAGGAACGUAGGCCAGGACCUACCGACGCUGAAGACACAGUCAGCGGACCACACGCAGUUCAGCGACGACAUGAACGACCAGAAGGGAGACUUGAAGUUCUUGAACAAGGCUGGUCAGACGUUCUUGGACAUUGCCAAGGUGUACCGACAGGAGCUCGCCACAUUCCGUGACACCACCCUCCCCCGCCAGGUCUCCCGAAGCUUCCAGGAGAACCCGGAGACCAACGUCAUCCGCAACCAACUGACGGACCAGAACGGGCGGUUUGAGAAGCUGAAGCUGCGCUCGCUCAAGCACGGCCGGACCCUGCAGGAGCUGUUGGAGAAACACAGGGCCUAUGCCGACAAGGUUGAGUCUACGUCGACGUGGCUGGGCCAGGCGGAGAAGACGCUGGGUACGCUACAGUCGGAGCCCGUGGGAGUGACGGCCGACGUCAUCAUUAGACAGAUUGAGAAAGUCAAGACCUUCCAUGAGGACGUGGUUGCACAUGCCAGCGACGUAGAGAAUGUGAAGGACCGGGGCGAGGACGUCAUCAACGUCCAGCCUGAAGUCAGACCAGUCGUCCAGAGAACCACGGGCGUGGUCGUGGACCGCUACAAGGCCCUGGAGGCUGGCGUCAACGACCUCCUGGAGAAGCUCCAGCAGGCUCUGAGCCAGACGCAGAGCGUGGAGGAGAACCUGGACAUGCUGCUGCGCUGGCUGGACGACGCCGAGCGCAAAGAGCACGCGCUGGAGAAGGGAACCGUCAUUGAGGCACGCCGGGAGCCGGUCCUGGAACAGAUUGAAAACACCAAGAUGCUGGAAGACGACAUCACCAACCACAAGCCGGCCAUCGACAACGUCAACGUGGCCGCCCAGCAACUCAUGAAGACCAAAGACCCCAAGGACGCCCGCGUGAUCCAGACCAAACUGGACAACAUCAACCAGCGCUACGGCACGGUGGACUCCGCGACCCGCAAGCACAACGAGGGGCUAGGACAGCUCUCGGACAAGCUGGCUGAGUUUGAGAGGGAGGUGGACGACCUGGAGGACUGGAUGCUGCCGGACCAGGAGACCCUGGAGUCACGGGAGGUCAUGGCGCAGGACAACACGGAGGCAGUGCUCAGGGAUAUCUCACGCAAGUACGAGGGUCGCCAGCCGCAGCACAAGAAAAUCCAUCAGCUCGGCGAGGCCCUCCUGAGCAACCCCAAAGCCAACGACACCUCCUACAUCGCCGCGGUCCUGAAGAACGUCGACCUGAACUGGAACGACUUUGACGAGGUUCUGAACAAGAGAAACAAACAGCUGGAACAGAAGCAGGAGGCUGCCAAGAAGUACGGCAACAGUCACCGCGACACGACCGGCUGGCUGACCGACACCGAACGCCGACUCAACCAGCUCCACCCAGUGGGCCGAGACCUGAAAUCUGUGCAGGCGCAACUGAAAGAAGUCACGCCUUUCCAGAAGGACGUAGCUGACUACAAACCCAACAUGGACAACCUGAACAAGCUGGGUCACACCUUCGACGCGGUGGUGCGGGAGGUGGAGCAGCCCGCCUACAAGCAGCCCCACAGCCGCUCCACCCAGGUAGGAGACAAGAAGAAAGGAGACAUCGGCCGUGGCAUCUCACCGGCCAGGGGAGCCAAGGACGCAAGACCCAGGCCGGUGGAUAUGGACAGAAGCGGACUGCUCGAAGAGACAGAAACCCAGCGCCAGUUGGACAGCGCCAACAAGCGCUACGAUGACCUGAAGGUCCAGAUCGACUUCCGUCUGGACGACCUGCGUCUGGCCGAGCAGUACAUCGAGCGAGAUUCGGCCGUUGUGGAUGACCUAACCUGGGCCACCGCCACAGAGGCCAACCUGGAGAGAUCAAGACCGUCCGCCAUGGACAUCGAGCCCCUGGAGAGCGAAAUCAACGAUUUGCAGAACCUCUGCUCCCAGAUCACUGCCAAGAAGUCGCCCGUCAACGAGUCCUACCUGAAGAGCACCCAGUUCCAGCAGGACCACCGAGACAAGCUGGGCUACGAGCAGCAAGAAGACCUGAAUGGGAAGACGGCCAACCUGAGGGAGACCUACGACCGGCUGGAUGUCCAGUCCCAGGACUGGCUCAAGACGGCCCAGGACGACCUGGCCAGACUCAAGAAGGAACGGGACGAAAGGCUUGCUCUUGAAGAGAGACUCCGCCGACAGCUGGCAGCUCUGAUGAACCUCCUGGACUGGGUGGCAGAGGCCGAGAGGCGCCUGGGCUCCGAGCAGCCCAUGAGCGAUGAGGUCAAACCCCUGAACGGACAGACCAAAGAACACCAGGUGCUCCAUGACGACAUCCUGGCCCACCAGCAGCCCGUCGCACAGGAGAUCCACGGCGCCAAGCAGCUCCUGGACGAGUUUGCCUCCCGCCUGCGACCCGAGGACUGCUCCAAGCUGGAGGACAUCAGCCGGGAGCUCAAGGACCGCUAUGACAACGUCUACGUGGAGUCGCAGACCCGCCAGAACAAGCUGCAGGGAGUAGUGCCUGACUUGGAGAAGUUCGCCUACGAGCGGGACGACACGGACAACUGGAUCAAGGAAGGAACGCAGCAGCUGCAGCAGGCCAAGCGCAGCAUCGGCACGGACCUGCCGACGCUCAAGCAGCAGCUGGCACAGCAGGACCAGUUCAACGAGAGGAUGGUGGCUGAGGGAGCUGACGUCAGAUACCUGAACAUGAGCGGCAAUAGGAUCCUGGAUGUUGGGAAGACCUACCGCAAGGACCUGGAGAACUUCCGCACCACCACCCUCCCUCCCAAAUUCACCAAGAGCUUCCAGGAGAACCCGGAGCCCUCCUGGCUGCGGGACAACCUGAUGGACGUCAACUUCCGCUACAACGAGAUCAAGGCCGACGCGGCCGAGUUCACCAUGACCAUGCGGGACCUGGUCGACAAGCACCAGAAGUUUGAGGACGCCUGCGCCCCGCUGCCGCCCUGGAUGGAGAAGACCGAGAAGGCCCUUGCCAAGGUCAUCCGGGAGGCAAUCAGCGCCGAGCCUGCCGGCAUCAAGAAGCAGAUCGAGGAACUCAAGACUGUGAGAAUGGACGUCAUCCAGCACUACAGCGAUGUGGAGAAAGUCCGAGACACCGCAGAUGACCUAGGCCAGGCGCACGUUGCCGUCAAACGCGACACUGACUACAAAACCGAGGAGAUCGUCAAGCGAUACCAUGCCCUACAGGCCACCAUUGACGACCGUCUGGAGGUCCUGCGUGACGCCCUGAAUGCAGCCCUGGACCUACAAGACCAGCUGGACCUCCUGCUGAAAUGGCUUGACCAGGCCGAGAACGACGUCCACAAACUGGACAAGGGAACUCUGCUGGUCAUCCAGAAGGAACCGCUACUGGACAACACAGAGGCACAAAAGGUUGUCUUCAAGGACAUCGAGGACCAUAAGCCCACCAUCGACACAGUCAACCGGCUGGCAGCGACCCACAUGCAGACCAAGGACCCCCAGGAGGCCAAGCUGAUCCAGUCCAAGCUGGACAGCAUCAACCAGCGCUUCGGCGACGUGCACGAGGCAGCGUCGACCCACGGGCAGGUCCUGCACUCACUGACCGAUCGACUGGGUGACUUCGAACGCCAGGUGGACGAGAUGGAGGAGCAGGUGCUGCCCCAGCUCAAGACCCUGCAGUCCAAGGAACUGAUGAGGAAGGACCUGCCCAUCAUCAGCAGUAACCUCAAGAGCAUCAAGCAACAGCUUGACAGUCAGCGACCAGUCAACAAGCGCAUCCACCAGCUGGGUGAGCAGCUUAUCAGCGACCCAAAAGCCAACGACACCUCCCACGUCAAGGCCAUCCUGGCCAACGUGGACGUCAACUGGUCCGCCUUGGAUGACAUCGUGUCCAAGAGAUCCAAGCAGCUGGACGACCUGCAGGCCGCCAGCAACAAGUACAACGACAUCCACAAGGACACCAACUUCUGGCUGGAAGGCAUGGAGCGACGUCUGCAGCAAGCCACGUCGACGGCCAGAGACUCGGGCGCCAUCAAGGCCAAGAUCAAGGAACUCAAGCGGGCUCCGGAAUCGGCAGAGGAGUCGGAAUAUGCCGACGAGGAGCAAAAACUACCCAAAUCAGUCAGCAAGCCAUUGCUUCAAGAAGUUGACGACUACGAACCCAACAUCAUUAACACCAACACCAUCGGCAAGGACCUGGACCACCUGAUCAAGGAGGUCUCAUCCCCGGUAUCCAGCAAUCCUCACUACUUCUCCACCCGGCAGGGGCAAGGGGAACCGGCUGUGCCCGGCAUCCCGGACGAACCUGAUGAAGAAUUCAGAGGUGAGACCCCGAUCCAGCAGGAGCUCGACGAAGUCAACCGACGCUACGAGGCCCUCCGUAAGCGCCUACAAAUCUCCCUGGACGAUCUGGAGAUCGCUGACCGCUGCGUGGACGAGACCAUGAACGUCCAAGACAACUUGGACUGGAUCAACGCCGUGCAGACCAAGCUGGAGCAGACCAGACCAACGGCCACCGAGAUCCAACCUUUGGCCGAGGAGGUCAUGCUCUUCCAGGAAGUAGCCGCCGACGUUGAGAGCAAGCGGCCCGACAUCAGCGACACCCUGAGCAAGGCCGGCCACUUUGACCGGGAGUACGGCGAGCGGCUCAACCCGGAUCAGCGCGAGGUCCUGAACGAGAAAGUGGGCCAGGUGCGGGUCGACUACGAGCAUGCUGCCCAGAACGCCAAGGACUGGCUGAAUGAGGAUAUGGCCAGGCUGGAGAAACUGAGACGAGAAGAAGAAGAGAGGAAACGCAUCGAGGCGUUGAUGAAGGAGAAGCUCUUGGUCUUGCUGGAGUUGAUGGAUUGGAUCACUCAGGCCGAGGAAGCCUUAGGGUCCGAGCAGCCUGAAGCAGAGCAGUCCAAGCCCCUUGCAUCUCAGCUGGACAACCACAAGGUCCUCCACGCUGACAUCACUGCCCACCAGCAGCCUGUCGCCCAGUGCGUCCAGGACGUGGAUGCCUUCCUCAAGCAGUACGGUGACCGCAUCAGCCCGGACAAUGCCUCCAAGCUGGCCGAAGGUGGCGACAACCUCAAGUCCCGCUACGAGGUGGUCCUGACCCAGACCUACAACCGCCUGAACCAGCUCAACCCGGCCCUGGAGGACAUCGGGAAGUUCGAGACGGACGUGACCGGCUUCGAGGACUGGCUCCAGGAGGCCGGGUCGAUCCUCCAGGACCUUGUCGACAACGUCGGCACGGACUACCCGACGCUGAAGGGACAGCUGGACGAGCACCGGGUCUUCAUGGAAGACCUGAAUGACCAGAAGGGCGACCUGAAGUUCAUCAGUAUGAGUGGCAAGAAAUUCCUGGAUCAGUCCAAGGGCUACAGGAAGAUGCUAGGGGACUUCCGCACAGACGUCCUGUCACGCCAGUUCAACCGCAACUUCCAAGAAGACCCGGAGCCCAGCGUGGUCCGGGAGCAGACGGCGACCAUCAACGCGGGCGUGGAGACCCUCAAGAACCGGGCCCAGGCCCACGGCGCCACCCUGCGGGACCUGGUGGAGAAGCACCGCGUCUACAACGAGGCCGUCGGGGUCUUCUCGACCUGGCUGCCGGACGCCGAGGUCAAGCUGGAGAAGAUGGAGCAGGAGCCGAUCAGCGCCGACCCGAUCGUGAUCCAGAAACAGAUUGACCGCAUCCAGGAUUUCACUGAUGAUGUCGUGGGCCAUGCCAGCGACUUGGAGAAGGUCAAAGACACAGCCGCCGACCUGACUGACACCCAACCAGAAACCAAGCCACAAGUCAACGAAACAACAGUGGAUCUUACAGACCGCUAUGAGGACCUGCUGGCCCGCCUGAGGGCCCGCCUAGCCCAGCUUCAAUCAGCCCUGGCCGAGUCACAGAGCCUCCAGGAGCGACUGGAUCUGCUGCUGCGCUGGCUGGACGAGGCCGAACGCAACGUCCACAAGAUGGACAAGGGAUCCAUCAUCGCCGCCAAGAAGGAGCCGCUGCAUGAGAACAUUGAGGAGCACAUGUUGAUCCACACAGACAUCGAGGCCCACAGGCCGGCCGUGGAGUCCGUCCAGCAGGCCGCCGCCCAGUACCUGGAGACCUCCAAACCCAGCGAAGCCAAGCUGGUCAUGUCCAAGCUGGACAGCAUCAACGACCGCUACGCUCAAGUGGCGGACACAACCGACAGGCACGGGGACCAGCUGCGCCUGCUGCAGUCCAAGCUGACGGACUUUGACCGGGAGGUGGACCAGCUGGAGGACUGGGAGAUGCCCGUCAUCGAGGCCCUGGAGGGACGCGACCUGAUGAAGAUGGACAUGAACCAACUCAGCCGCAAAAUCAAUGACUACAGCAGCCAGUUUGAGAACCACCGGCCCCAGUACAAGCUGAUCCACCAACUUGGCGAGGACAUCGUCAAGAAGACCAAGGCCAAGGACACCAGCCACGUCAACGCUGUGCUGAGCAACGUGGACACCAACUGGAAGACGCUCUCGGACCUCCUGGAACUCAGGAAGGGCCAGCUGGAGCAGAAGCAGCGAGCGACGGCCAAGUACAACGAGGGCUACCGGGACACCAGCGGCUGGCUGACCGGCAUGGAGCGCAAACUCAGCCAACUGCAGCCUGUGGCCAUGGACAACAAGACACUGGACAGACAGGAGAAACAACUCAAGCCAUUCCAAGUGGAGGUGGCCACCUACCAACCUGCGGUGGAGGAGCUGAACCGCGUGGGCAACGGUCUGGACGUGCUGCUGAGAGAGCUGCAGGCUCCGCUGUCCACCAAGCCCCACUACCGGUCCAAUCAACUCAGCGGCAGCAUGACCAGGGAGCAGAUGGAGCAGAGGGAGAUCCAGGACAGGAUGGACAAGAGCAUCAUCCAGCCUGAAGCACCAGAGGAUUCAGACAUCCAGCGUCAGCUGUCGGACACCAACCGGCGCUACGACGCCCUGAAGGUCAAGAUCAAUGACCGAGAGGAGGACAUUGACCUGGCCCGACUCUUCCUGGACCGGCUGGGCUUUGUGAAUGACCGGCUGGACUGGUGCGCCACGGUGGACAACCGCUUGAUGAAGAAGAAACCCACAAGCAGGGAGCUGGAACCACUCAAGAAGGAAUACUCCCAGUUCCAGGAUGUUCACGAUAGCAUCGGCUCCAACAAGCCAGCCGUCCUGGAGACCAUCGUCAUGGGGGAGCAGUUCCUGCAGGAGAACCGGGGCCGGCUCUCCCCCGAGCAGCAAGAAGAGAUGCAGCGCAAGAUUGACGAGCUGCGGUCCUACUUUGACCAGGUGGACAACCGCAGCGACAAGAUCAACACGGACACCCAGCGCACCAUCGACAGGCUGGAGAAGGAACUGGAAGAAGAGCUGCGUCUGCGUAAGAUGUACAAUGAUUCCAGCCAGUCCGUGACCACGCUGAUCGACUGGGUGACAGAGGUAGAGAAGCGGCUGGCAGCUGAGCAGCCGCAGAGCGAAGAGGUGCCACCACUGACAAAGCAGACAACAGAUCACAAGUCUCUUCAUACAGACAUCCUUGCCCGGCAGCAGCCAGUCAUGGAAUCCAUCCACACCGCCAACCAGCUCCUGGACCAGUACAACAACAGGCUCAAGGACCAGGACAUGUUCAAGCUGCGCAACUUUGCCGACGACCUCAAGACGCGCUACGACCAGGCACUGGGCCAGUCCUACGGCCGGCAGAACAAGCUGUCCUCACAGACAGAGGAGCUGAAACGCUACGAGGGCGACAAGGACGAGAUGGAGACAUGGCUGGAAUCCGCAGAGCAGGCUUUGGAGUCGGCCCAGCGCCAGGUGGGCACCACCCCGGAGGAGCUGGAAGCGCAGUACGCCGAGCAACGGACGUUUGCCGACGAUGUCGUGAACCAUGGCGCCGACUUGAAGUACCUCAACAAAUCCGGGGAGAAAUUCCUGGACAGUGCUAAUGGCUACCGUGAAGAGCUCGGCGAGUACCGCUCGGCCGUCCUGUCCCGCGAUGAGCAGCGCGCCUUCCGGGAGAACCCAGAGACCAGCCGCAUCCGUGACAAUGUGGGCGUCGUCAACGACCGCUACGACAACCUGAAGCUGAAGACCAACGACCACACCAACCGGCUGAACACGCUGCUGGACAAGCACAGGCGCUUUGCGACCAACGUGCGUGGCACCGACCGGUGGUGCGACGAGACCCGCGUGGAUCUGGACCAACUAAUGGCCGAGCCCAUUGCCGCCGAGCAGGUCAACAUCCAGAGGCAGAUCAACGACCUCAAGGCUUUGAAUGACGAUGUCGUCCUCCAUGGCAAAGAUGUGGAGGCAGUCAAAGACACAGGCAAUGAGGUUGUCGAAGUCCAACCAGAGACCAAAGAAGCAGUCGACAAAACCAAGGCUGGCAUUCAGCAGAAGUACGACGCACUCGAGGGCGACAUUGCCGACCGCAUGCGUCAGCUCCAGAAGGCCCUGGCUGACUGCCAGUCGGUCCAGGAGAGCUUGGACGGCCUGCUGAAGUGGCUGGAGGACAAGGAGAAGGCCCUGCUGAGGAUGGAGAAGGGAACGGUCAUCGUGGUCAAGAAGGAGCCGCUGGUGGAGAACCUACAGGAAUACAGGCUUCUGGAGAAGGACAUUGAGAACCAUCGUCCGACCAUCGACCGCGUCCUGCGCUCCACAGCUGACGUGGUCCGCCAGCUGAAGCCAGAGGAGAAGGGCAUCUACCAGGACAAAGUGGACAACUUCCAGGAACGGUUCGGGGAUCUGACCGCCUCACUCAAGACACAUGGUGAGUUGCUGCAGACACUCUCAGGCGACCUGGUUGACUUGGAGAAGCAGCUGGACACCCUGGAAGAGUGGCUGGUACCCUUGCUGGAGGAGCUGGAGUCGGCCGACUUCAACCGCAAGGAGAUCCCAGAGCUGGAAGAAACACUACAGUUCAUCAACCAGGACGUUGAGAGCCACCGCCCAGAGUACCACACCAUCCAUGACAUUGGAGAGCAGCUGAUGCACCACCCCAAGGCCGGCGACACCUCCUUCGUCACGGCCGUCCUGACCAACCUGGACCAGAAUUGGCAGUCCCUGGACGAUGUGUUGGCCAAACGACUUCAGCAGCUUGAGGACCGCCAGGUGGCCACCAAGCGCUACGAGAGCCGUGCCAAGGAGACCGACUUCUGGCUGGACGGCAUGGAGGGCAAGCUAGGCAAGCUAGACCUGACGGUGCAAGAGGCCAAGGCAGUGGACCUCCAGAUUCAACAGCUCAGGCCCCUACAGCGAGAGAUCACAGACUACCGGCCCAAGAUCGUGGAGGUCAACAAGGUCGGCGCGGCCCUGGACAACCUGAUCCGAGAGGUGAUGGGCCCCGUGGACGCCCGACGCCACUACUGGUCCUCACAGAUCGGUGCCCAGCUCCAGACCGACUGGCAGCCGCAGAAGGCUAGGCCCAAGGAGCCAGCCGACCAGUUAGACAAAGGCUUCCUGGAAGAGGACACAGAAGUGGAAAAGGAACUGGAGACCAUCAACCGUCGUUACGAUGACCUGGAACGCCGCCUGACCGACGUGCUGGAAGACCUGCGCAUUGUGCGUCUCUGGGCCGACAAGGUGGAGUCGGUCCAGAACAUGCAAGAAUGGGUCAGCUCAGUGGACGUCAGACUGACCGAGACGCGACCGACCAGCCAGGAACUGAUGCCGCUCAGCCGGGAAGUUGAGAAAUACCAGCCUGUACAUACCGAAGUGGCCGACCACCGUCCCAUCAUCCUGGAGGUGGUGCACAACGCGGAGCAGUUCCUGCGUGACCACCGGGACAGACUGUCCCCCGAGCAGCAGAGCAAGCUGAAGGUGAUGACCAACGACCUGCGGGGUAACUACGAGCAGGUCUCGGUCAAGAGCAACGACUGGCUGAAGGAAGCCCAGAUACUGAUGGAGACGCUCAAGUCCCAGGAAGACCAGCAGGUUGAGAUUGAGGACAAGCUGAACGGCGUCAUGAAGUUGCUGACAGACCAGCUGGAGUGGGUGACGCAGGCUGAGCGACGUGUGGGUUCGGAGCAGCCGCUGAGUGAGGAGUCACAGCCCCUGCUGUCACAGCAACAGGACCACAAGGUCAUCCACGAUGACAUCCAGGCUCACCAGAACCCCGUCCUGCAGGCCAUGCAGGAGUGUCAGUCACUCCUGCGCCAGCACACCCAGAACCUGCGUCCCGAAGACCAGACCAAACUGACCGAGCUUCAAUCGGAGCUGCGCUCCCGCUACGACGCCCUGUCCACCGAGUCGCUCGGCCGGGCCAACAAGCUGCGCUUCGCUGCCGAGGACCUGCCCAAACACGAGGAGGAAGUGGCCGACUUCGAGGGCUGGCUGCUCUCAGCCGAGCAGGCCCUGGAGUCCUCCCUGGCCAGCAAGUCCAAGGCUCCCGAGGCUCUCAAGAAGGAGUAUGGCCAGCAGCGGGCCUUCACCGAGGACGUGAUUGCCCACGCCGCCGACUUGAAAUUUGUGGUCAAGGGCGGACAGAAGUUCCUGGACUCUGCUAAAGUGUAUCGCCAAGACCUAGCCGUGUACCGGGACGCGGCCCUCCCGCGCCAGUUCACGCGCUCCUACAACGAGAACCCAGAGACCAACGCCAUCCCCAACGGGCUGUCGGACAUCAGCGGCCGCUACGAGCGGCUGAAGAGCCGCAGUAUGGAUCAUGCCAACCAGCUGCGGGAGGUGGUGGAGAAGCAGCAGCGCUUCGGCGACAUGGCUGAUAACUUUGGCGGCUGGCUGCAGGAGAAGGAGGGUACCUUGAAGUCGUACCUCAGGGAACCCAUCGGGGCUGACCCGGCCACCGUGCAGAAGCAGAUCGACAGACUCAAGAUUGUGCACGACGAGGUGGUCCUUCACCUCAAGGACAUUGAGAAGACCAAGGAAGCUGGAAGGGACCUGGCCGACGCCAAACCUUCGCUCCAACCGGACAUCACCAAACAAAUCGAUGAGCUGCAGCGUCGCUACAACGAUCUGGACGGCCAGAUCAAGGACCGCAGCCAGCAGCUGCAGAACGCCCUGACCCAGUCCCAGGACAUCCAGGACAGUCUGGACAGCCUGCUGCGCUGGCUGGACGAGGCCGAACGCAACGUCCACAAGAUGGAGAAGGGAACCGUGCUGGUGGUCAAGAGGGACCCCCUGGUGGAGAACCUACAACAGCAGAAGGUUGUGGAAGACGACAUCGUCAGCCACCGUCCCAGCGUGGACACCAUCAACCAGUCGGCUACCAACCUGAUCCAGACCAGCGAGCCCAAAGUGGCCAAGGCCCUUCAAACCAAGCUGGACACGCUCAACGCACGCUACGACAAGGUCAGCCAGGGAGCCGACCGUCACGGCCAGACCCUGCAGACCAUGUUCGACCAGUUGAACAACUUCGAGGCGGAGGUGGAUCAGUUUGAGGACUGGGUGCUCCCGACGGUGGACACGCUGGAGUCGCGGGACAUCAGCCGCAUGGACCUGAACGAAUGCGACAAGAAACUCAAGACUAUCAAGCAGCAGCUGAGCGACCACCGCCAGGCCCACAAGCGCAUCCACCAGCAGGGAGAGCAGCUGGUCCGAGACCCCAAGGCUAGCGACGCCUCCUACGUCACUGCGGUCCUGACCAACGUGGACGCCAACUGGCGCACCCUGGAGGAGCUGCUUGUCAAGAGGAGCAAACAGCUAGACGCCAAGAUGAAAGCCUCCAAGCGCUACGCCCAGUCCAACAAGGACACCAACAACUGGCUAGACACCAUGGAGCACAAGGUGACCCAGCUGCAGCCGGUGGCCCACGACAUUGUCACCCUCAACACACAGAUAGAGCAACUCAAGCCACUGAAGGCCGACGUCGUUGCCUACAAGCCCAAGAUCGUGGAGGUCAACAAAUACGGCCACAACUUCGACAAGCUCCUGCGAGAUGACGACAUGGCGAUGACCAUCCGCCCCCGCUACCGGUCACUCCAGAUAGGCUCCACCCCUAUGAGCGAGCAGCCGCGCAGGCCGUACGACGCCCCGGAUGCAAGCGAAUACACUGGAGAAGAGGAGACCAAGAUCCAGCGUGAGAUAACAGACAUCAACAAGCGCUACGAGGCCCUGAAGGUCAAGCUAGGGGACCGCGACGAGGAGCUGGACCUGGGCAAGGCGUACCUGGAGAAGAGCGGCAACAUGGGUGGUCUGAUGGACUGGGUGACGGUCACCGACGCCAGGGUGGUGGAAUCGGCACCCCGCAGCAACGACAUGGACCAACUCCACACUGAGCUGAAGUCCAGCAAGACACUGCACUCUGACAUCGACAGCAACAAGGCGGCCAUCCUGGACGCCAUCCACACCACGGACCAACUCCUGAAGGACAAGCGCAGCAAGCUGACACCCACGCAGGUGGAGGACCUGCAGGGCCGCAGCAAGGACCUGCGAGGGCAGUAUGACCAGCUGACCAGGCGCUCCGAGGACGUGUGCAAGCAGACUGAGGACACGCUGAGCAAGAUGAGGAUUGAGAUGGAGGAACGGGCAAGGCUGAAGGCUGACUACGACCAACUGACCACCGAGCUGAAUGAGCUGCAGGAUUGGGUGACCAAGGCAGAACACCAGCUGGGAUCAGAACAGCCACUCAGCGAACAGACCCGGCCUCUCAAUGACCAGUACAACAAACACAAGACUCUGCACGAGGACAUAGUAUCCCACCAGGGCCCCGUCCUGGAGACUGUCCAGGAAGCCAACCAGCUGCUCAAGCAGCGCGGAGACAAACUCACCGACGAGGACCGCGGCGCGCUGCGCGGCACGGUGGACUCACUCAAGUCCCGCUACGAGGCCGUCAACGUGCAGUCCAACACUCGGCUGAGCGCCCUACGCUUUGCCUCUGACGACCUGCACAAGCUGGAGCCAGAGAUUGGGGACUUUGAGGAGUGGCUUCGCAACACUGAACAGCAACUGGAGUCCUCACUCCGCAAGAUCGAGUCUGAACCGGAUGCCUUGCGAGACCAGUACACUGCCCAGCGAGACCUGGCGGAGGACGUGCUGACCCACGGAGCAGACCUGAAGUUUGUCAACAUGACCGGACAGGCAUUCAUCAACAACGCCAAGACCUACAGGCAGGAGCUGGCCGACUUCCGUACCACGGCCCUGCCCCGCCAGUUCAGCCAGACCUUCAGCGAGGCGCCGGACUCCCACGUCCUGCGGGACAAGCUGGCCAACGUGAACGGUCGGUACGAGCGUCUCAAGGCCCGCUGCCUGGACCACCGCAACCGGCUGGCCGAGGUACAGGAGAAGCAGCAGCGCUACCGCAACGAGGUGGAGCCUGUCCUGCCCUGGCUGGACACGUCUUACGUGACCCUUGGCAAGAUGACCAAGGAGCCCAUCGCUGCUGAGCCGGAGGCCGUCAAACAGCAGAUUGAACAACUCAAGGCCUUCAGCGACGACGUUCUCCUGCACAGCAAAGACAUUGACCGAGUCAAGGACACAGGCAAGGAGCUGUGUGACGUCCACGAAGAUGUCAAGAAGGACGUCGGCAAACAGACACGUGAUGUGAGCGACCGCUACAGCCAGCUGGAGUCUAUGAUCGCCGAGCGCUCCAACCUCCUCCAGACUGCCCUGACCGAGUCCCACAGCGUCCAGGAAGGGCUGGACAGCCUGCUGGCCUGGCUGGACAACACCGAGGCCACGCUUGACCGGCUGCAGAACCGCACCACCGUCACUCUACGCAAGGAGCCUCUCAACGACCACAUGCAACAGUACAAGAAACUGGUAGCGGACGUGGAGGCCCACAAGCCCAGCAUCGACAACGUCAACAAGGCCGCGGGCAAGCUCCUGCAGACCUGCGAGCCCUCGGUGGCGCGCACCAUCAAGUCCCGGCUGGACAACCUCAACACCCGCUUCGCCGACCUGGCCAAGCCUGCCCGGGACGGCUGCGACUUCCUGCAGCUGCUGACGGACCGGCUGAACCGCCUGCAGGACGAGGUGGACAAGCUGGAAGACUGGCUGAUCCCGGCGCUGGACUCCCUGGAGGCGCCCGACAUGAACAAGAUGGAGAUCGCCGAGCUCAGCGGCAUCUUGAAGGACGUGCAAGACCAGAUGGACAGACAGCGCCCUCAAUACCAGCUGAUCCACCAGCUGGCCAAUGAGCUGACCAACGAGAGAAAGGUCAACGACCCUGGCGCGGUCAAGCACAUUGUCCGCAACGUGGACGACAACUGGAACGCUCUGAUUGAGCUCCUACAGUUCAGACAAAAGAUGUUGGAAGAGCGACGCCAAGCCCAGAAGUUGUACAACGACAGCCUGAAGGAUGUCAGCACCUGGCUGAUCGGGACGGAGCGUCGCUUCAACCAGUUCCAGCCAGUGGCUAAAGACAUGGACACCAUCAAGACACAAUACGAGGAACUCAAGCCCCUGCGACGCGAGGUGGUCGAGUACCGCCCCAAUCUGGACCAGCUGAAUGACCAAGGCACCCGCCUGGACACCCUGAUGCGGGGCAUCACGACCGCCCCCAGCCGGCCCCACCGUCGCUCCUCACAGAUAGUCACCUCCACGCCCAAACCGGACCAAGGACCCGCCAAACGGGCACGUGCCAAGAAGCCGUUUGAGGAGGCCAACAUCAGCGGACUGAUCGAAGAGGAGUCUGAGAUCCAGCGUCAGCUGGCUGACAUCAACAAGCGCUACAAUGCCCUGGACAUCAAGAUCGACGAUCGCGACGACGAGCUGGACACGGCCCUGGCCCUGGCGGACCGCACCAAGCCCGUGGAGGACCUCCUGGACUGGGUCAACACGACGGAGAUCCAGUUGUCCCAGGCCCCACCCCCGCCGGGGAUGGACCCGCUUGAGGGGCUGGAGGAAGAACUCAAAGCCAUACAGGCCGUGGAAGAGCAAGUGGUCUUCAGCCAGGCGCCCGUGGUGGAAGCCUCAGCCGGCGCCGUCAACCUGAUCAACGAAAAAGCCAAGAAACUGCGACCGGAGCAGCAGGAGCAGCUGCAGAGCAAGAACACGGACCUGAAGACGCGCUACGACAAGCUGGCCGGCGACGUCAAGGCACGCAAACAACACCUGGAGUCUAACAUCAACCAGAUGCGUACUGAAAAAGAGGAACAGUCGGCCAUGAGUCGUCGCUUCCAGGACGUCGGAGGCAUGCUCCAGGAACAUCUAGACUGGCUGGCACAGACAGAGCAGAAACUAGGAGCUCAGCAGCCAAUCAACGAACAGAUCCGACCGCUGACAAGCCAGGUGGACAGACACAAGGUGCUGCGGGAUGACAUCGUAGCCCACGACCAGCCCAUCAACCAGAACGUCAACGACAUCAGCCAACUCCUGCGCGACUUCGGCGGCAAGCUGCGUCCCGAGGACGAGUCCUUCCUGCACGCAGGCCUGGACACGCUGCGGCCCCGCUACGACGAAGUCAAUCGCCAGUCCCUGACCCGCCAGAACAAGCUAGAGUCGGCCCUGGAUGACCUGCAGAAGUACCGAGAGGAGUUUGAGGAGUUUGAGGACUGGUUGAAGGACGCGGAGAAGACCCACGACGGGCUGCAGAGGGCGCCGGGCCGGGACCUGGCCGCGCUCAAGAAGCAGGUGGAGGAGGAGAAGCGUAUCAUGGAGGAGGUCAGUGACCACAAGGGUGACCUCAAGUUCAUCCAGAGGUCGGGUCACAAGAUCGUGGACAACGCCAAGAACUACCGGGAGUCGCUGACGGACUUCCGCAUGUCCUCCCUCCCGGCCGACUUCAAUCGGACCUUCGCCGAGGCCCCCGACGCCAACGUGAUCCGGGACGAGAUCAACGACGUCUACGAGCGCUACAACAAGCUGCGGACGGGCAGCCGAGCACACUACAAACACCUGAAGCAGCUGACUGACAAACAGAACAAGUACAACAGCUCCUGUGCCGUAGUGCUGCCAUGGGUGGAUGAGGCCUACGGCAAACUGAGCAGGGAGUUGCAGGAACCCAUCGCCGCUGAGCCUGAGAACGUCCGGACACAGUUGGAGAGAGUCAAAAAACUUCACGAUGACAUCGUGCUUCACACCAAGGAUGUGGGCAAGUUCAAGGAGUACGGCAAGGACCUGGCCGAUACGCAGGACACCGUCAAGGAUGAGGUCUUGGCAACCAUCCGCGAAGUCUCGGAGAAAUGCAACUUCAUGGAGUCGCAGCUCGCCGAGCGCACCAACCAGCUCCAGAGCACCCUGGCCCACUCCCACAGCGUGCAGGAAGGCAUCGACGGCCUGCUGCGCUGGCUGGCCGUGUCUGAGAAGAACGGCAGCCGCGUGGUCAACACGCCGAUCUCGGCCAAGAAGGAGGCCAUACUAGAGAUGAUGCAAGACCAGAAGUACGUGAUGACCGACAUCGACGGCCACAAGCCCGCCGUAGACACGCUGAACGAGACCGCCGCCAAGCUGAUCCAGUCCAGCGACCCGGCCGAGGCCCGGCAGACCCAGGCCCGGCUGGAGGACGUCAACGCCCGCUAUGCCAAGCUGAGCAGCAGCGUGCGCAACCACGGCGAGUACCUGAACAAGCUGAUGGGCAAGCUGUCCCAGCUGGAGGAUCAGGUGGAGAUCUUCGAGGACUGGCUGGUGCCGUUCAUCGACCGGCUGACCUCCAAAGACCUCGGUCGCAUGGACCUACUGGAGCUGGGUACUCGCUUGCUGGAGAUGCAACGUGACAUUGACGACCAUCGCAGCCAGUACCAGGACAUCAAGGUGCUGGGCAGCGAAGUGACUCGCGACCCCAAGGUCUCCGACAAGACCCGGGUGGUGGACACGCUGGCCAAUCUGAACAAGAACUGGGAGUCACUGGAAGGAAUCAUGCAGAAGAGGAACCGCCAGCUACAGGAACGUCAGGAGGCGCAGGACAAGUUCCAGGCACAGCACAAGACCACCCUGGACUGGCUGGAGAAGUUUGAGGACAGGGUAGACCGCUUGCCGCCGGUGGCCAUCGAACCGGAGGCCCUGCAGCACCAGAUGGAUGCAUACCAGCCGCUCCAGUCCGAAUACGACAACUGCCUGAACCGCAUCGACGACGUCAACCACCUCGGCAUCACCUUGGAGUCCCUGUCCCAGGACCCAGACCUGCCGGGCAUCGGCAAGACCUCUCCCAUCAAGCGCUCCAAACUCUUCCUGUCCAUGCGCUCGGACACGCGCAGCUACGACUCGCGCAGCCUGAGCUCCUCCCGACGCAGCUCCAUCGGCUCUGACCUGGACCAGAGCUCCUUCAUGCUGGAUGACGGCAUGAGCGAGGUCCAACGCCAGAUGGCGGACGUGAACGAGCGCUACCAGAUGGUCGGCGACAAGCUGACGGAGCGCAAGUUUGACCUGGAGGGGGCGCUAGAGAAGGCCCAGACGUACCGUGACGAGGUGGGCGACUUCCUGGCCUGGAUGGACAAGGCCGAGGUGCAGCUCAAGACCGAGGUCACCCCGGGACCCACGGCCCAGGAGGCUCGCAAGAAGCUACAAGACCACAUGGUCUUUGCCAGCGACAUCGACGACCAUUCUGCCAACGUCUCUACCAUCCGAGGCCUUGCCGAGAACCUGACCGUGAACAAGACCCAUCAACCAGGAGCUGACAACAUCCUCAAGCAGAUGUCUUCACUCGAGGAGCGAUGGAUCCGCCUCCAAGACAAGGCCAAGCUGCGCACCAAGGAUCUAGAGGGCGCUAUAAACAGCCUGACAGACUUCGAGCAAGCCUACAACCGCCUCAAGACAUGGCUAGGGGAGAAGGACAAGAUGACGGCCGUGCUGGGACCCAUCGGCAUCGAGCCGGGCAUCCUGCGCAACCAGAAACAACAAGUGGAGGUCCUGCAAGAUGAGUUCGCAGCCCACGAGGGCCAGCUGGACCACAUCAAGGAGGCCGGCCAGGCCAUCCUGGAGAAGCAGGACCCCCGCACCCGCCAGAGCUCCCCGGUCCAACAGCAGAUUGGCGAGAUCCAACACCUUUGGGACGAGGUCAAGAAGCGGCUGGACGGCCGGGAGGGACAGGUGGACGACGUCUUGCGGGAGAGCGAGAAGUUCCACGACACGCUGGCCGACAACUCGGACUGGCUGAUCGAGUUCGGCAAUAAGAUCUCGGCGCUGGCGCCCAUCAGCGGCAAUCCUGACGUGGUCAGGCAACAAAUGGAGGAGACCAAGACGUUACAGAGGGAAGCGGACAGGAAGAAGCCAGCUGUGGAGUCCAUGACGGACGUCCACCGGGCAUUGACAACACUGAACCCAGAGACAACGGCCAAGGCUGAGGUCACACUCAAACUGGAGAGUGUCAAGACACCAUACACAGAACUCUGCAGGAAACUAGACGAGAGACAAGGCAAGCUCCAGGCUGCCCUACUCCAAUCCAAGGACUUCGAGGACUCCUACACCAGCAUGCUGCAAUGGCUGGACACCAAGGACAGGGAACUGACAUCCUCCAAACCCAUCUCAGCCAAGCCCGACGUCCUCAGACGGCAACUCGUCGAGCACGAGGAAAUCCCCAAGGAGAUAGUCAAGCAGGUCUACACCUACGAGCGCAUGAUCGAGAAGAUGGACGGCUUGAUAGACGAGGCGCCCCCGGGCCCGGAGAAGUCGGCCCUGCAGCGCAAGCAGGAUGCCCUGGUCUCCAAGUGGGCCGGCGUCAACGACAAGUCCACGCAGCGGCAGGAGCGGCUGCGUGAAUGCAGCGGGAAGGCCAAGCAGUACACGGACGAGCUGAACCAGUUCCUGCCGUGGCUGCGCAGCGCUGAGGACCGGCUGGCCUCGCUGGGACCAGUCACCAUGAAGCCCAACGUGGUCAAGCGCCAGUAUGAAGUGGUCAAGCAACUUCGUGAUGAUAUUGAGAACCAUCGGGACCACCACAAGGCCGUCAACCAGACCUGCAGCGAGCUGGUCAACAAGACGGACGUGGACCACCCCUACGUCAAAGAUCAAGUGUCAGAGGUCAACGGCCGAUGGGAGAAACUACAAAGAGACGUCAACAACCAACUGCGCGUCCUAGAGGACCUGACCGACCGAUUGGGCAGCUUCCAUGAGAACGUCAACCAAUCACAGAGCUCGCUGGCCAACAUUGAGGAGAAGCUGGCAUCCCACGAUGCAAUCGGCACCAAGGACCCACGCAACCUGGAGAAACUACAGAUGCUUCAAGACGAAAUGGACAACAUCGAGAAGACUAUUGUGGUGGUCAAGGACCACAGCAACGACCUGAUGGCCGCGGCGCCCUCACAAGCCGACACGGGUCAGAUCGUGGACGAGGUGGACGGAGUGGACCGCCGCUACAACCGACUGAAGGCCAUGGUGGGCGAGAGGAGGAACCAGCUAGAGGCCGGGAACCAGGAAGUCCGAGCAUUCCAGUCACUGCUGAAUGACGUCGGCUCUCGUCUGACAAAGUCCGAGGAAAAACUGGAGAACUUCUCACCAGUCGGCCGAGACACGCCGACUGUCAACACACAGAUUGAAGAAACACAGAAAUUCCAUGAUGACCUGGACGACAUUAAGAAGGCGCUCCUGGGUGCUGACAAGAACUUCCGUGACAUCAUCGACCGUGGCUACAUGACCGACCCAGAUGGCUUCAGAGAUCAGCUGGACAACCUGAACAAGCGUUGGGCCCGGAUCAGGGAGCGGACCAACAACCGCCAGGCCGACCUGGAGAAGACAGCCAGCAGGCUCAAGACCCUACAGCAGAUCAUCCAGGAUGUGGACGAUAGCCUGGAGAAGGCCGAGGCCCAGCAACGCAGCCAGCGACCUGUGGGUGCCGACGUGGAGAUGGUCAAACAACAGAUGAAGGAAUUCAGGACCUACAUCAGGAAUUACGUGGAUCCUUUGGUGACGCGCAUCCGUGAGGCCAAUCGUGUGGGUCAGAGCCUGAUUCAGAGUGCAGCCCCUAGGGUCAACACCACCAAGCUGGAAUCCGACCUGGAGGCCAUGAACGACCGCUGGAACAAGCUGAAGACUGCCAACUCUGACCGGGAGGCCAAGCUGAACGAGGGACUGCUCCGAUGCGGCAAGUUCCAGGAGGCCCUGAACAGCCUGAUGUCCUGGAUCGGGGAGACCGAAGAGCUGGUCACUCACCAGAAGGAUCCGUCCUCAGACUACAAGGUGGUCAAAGCACAGCUGUCUGAACAGCUGCUUCUGGACCGCCUAAUCACGGACCGCGAGCCCAGCGUGGACGCUCUCAAGGAGAUGGGUGAGCAGCUAUCCCGUGUCUCAGAGCCCCAGGACCGCAGUCGCAUCCAGCAACAGCUGACAGACCUAGAGCGGCGCUGGCGGGCCCUGGUGGACUCGGUCCGGGACCGGCGCAAGAAGCUGGAGCAGACGGAGAAGACAGCUAAAGGGUUCCACGAGCAGAUCGACCCCCUGGUGGAGUGGCUGGACAAGACAGAGCGAAGCCUGGCCCAGCAGGAGCCCGUCAGUACCGAGAAGGCUCAGAUACAGAGACAGAUACAGGAACAACAGACUUUGGCCGAUGAGGUCCAGAGCCAGGCGCCCAACGUGGAGAAAGCCAAACGUAAAGGGGAAGAGCUGUUUGACAUCUGCGUGCCCGUGGAGCAAGAGGUUGUCCGGACCAGGCUGGACAACCUGGAAAGCCGGUUCCAGGCCCUGGAGGACAAGACCGCCAACAAGCAGGGCAAGCUGUCCCGCGCCCUGGCCAGUAACCAGGUCUUUGGGGAAGGGGAAGCUUCCCUGCUGCGCUGGCUGACCGACACAGAGAGGAAACUAGCCAAGGUGGAGCCUAUCUCCAUCUACCCGGAGCAGACCCAGAAGCAGCUGAAGGAGCACAGGCAACUGGACGAGAACAUUCAGGGUCGUCGACCAGAUAUCAACAAAGUACUACGAGAUGGCCAAGAGCUGCUAAAGCAGUGCACAGGCAAAGAGAUCAUCGAUGUCCAACAGAAGCUGGAUUCUAUCCAGAACCGCUACGAGGACGUCUGCACCAAGAGCGAGGAUCGCCUCAAUCAGCUCCAGCAGGCUGUGCCGCUGACUCAGGAAUUCAACCAACUCCAGAGCAACGUAGACAAGUGGCUGACCCAGGCUGAGCAGGACCUGCGCAGGUUUGACAGCUCGGCCAGCCCCGAACAGCAGAAGGCUGUACAAGAGAAACUGCAACGAGAGAUUGACGAGCACCGCCCAUCCAUCGACGCCUUGAACAACAAAGGCGACAAGCUGAUAGUUAUCAGCCCAGGCCAAGGAGCAGCUGAGAUCCGACAGCAGUGUAGCGAUGCCAACACCCGCUUCAAUGAACUCUGCGCUCAAACUAAGGACAUCGAGUACCGGCUCAUCUCCAAGCUGGAAGGGGCACAGAAGGUGGAGCAGAACAUGGACAACCUGCUGGCAUGGAUCAACGAUACUGAGAGAACACUCAACAACAGCGCUAGGGAGACAGUGGGUGUAGACCCAGACGGAGUCAGGGAACAGCUCAAGAAAGCUAAGGUCUUAGACCGAGAGAUCAACUCCAAGAUGAGUCGAGUCCAGGACGUCAGCGGCGCCGCCGAGAUCCUCCUCCAGCAGACUGCUGACCCUGCCCAGCGUCGCCGCCUGGAUGACCGGCUCAAGCAGCUCAAGCAGAAAUACGACACACUGUCCAACGCCAGUGCCGACCGCGUGGAGGUCCUGGAGGAAGCCCUACCACUGGCUCUGUCCUUCAACGAGACCCACGACGAUCUGGCCAACUGGCUGACCGACAUUGAGUCGGAGCUAAAGAGCCUGCGACCGCCGGGACUGGACGCUGAAGAGAUCAAGAAGGAAGUGGACAAGAACAGGCUCAUGAGCCAGGCCGUCAAUGAGAAGCAACAGUACGUCAACAAGCUGAACAAGAUUGCCCCCGAGCUCAGCAAGAUCAGCCCUGGCCCCGGCGCCCGCUCCCUGGACGCCAAAGUGGAGAGCGACAACAGUCGUUACGACAACGUCAAGCAGGACGUGGACAAGCGGGGCGAGAAACUCUACGACCUUCUCCAACGAACCAGCUCGUUCAUUGAGGAUCUGGAUUCUACACUGGAGCAGUUGAACAUCACCGCUGAGAAGCUCUCCCGGCCAGAGUCAAUCUCCUCUGAUCCGGAGGUGCUCCGCAAACAACGCAAGAAGCUACAGCUGCUGCAAGACCAGGUGGACAGCCAGAUGGACGCAGUGGACAACAUGCGCAAGGCCGGCCAAGACAUGAUCAGCGCAGCAUCCGCAGAUGACCCCUAUGUCAGAGAGAUGCGCGACAAGUUGGACCAACUGAGCAACAAGUGGCAGACGAUCGUCCGCACAGCCAACCAACGGGCCAGCAACCUGAUGGAAGCCAUGAAUGCCGCGGAGGGAUUCUGGGUGGAGCUGAACAGCACCAACGCUACGAUCAAGGACAUCCAGGACCACAUCAACACCCAGGAGCCACCCGCCGUGGAGGAGAAGGCUGUCAAAGACCAACAGGAUGUCUUACAGGCCAUCAAGGAAGACGUCGAUGCCGUCAACCAGGACCUGGAGAACACGCGUCAGUCCGGCAAGGAGCUGAUGCGGCUUGUCGGCGAGGCUGACAAGCCAGAGGUCCAGAAGAACCUCGACGACAUGAACCGCAACUGGGAGGCCCUAAAUGCCGCCUACCGCAACCGCGACGAGAACCUGCGCAACGCCACGGACCUGUCCAAGGCCUUCGAGGACGGAUUGAAGAAGAUGGAUGAGUACAUGACUGAGGCUGAGGACAAGCUGGAAGCCAUGCAGGCCGUGGGCGCAGACCCACAGACCAUCAAGAAUCAACUAGAUGACCUCAAGAAAUUCAAGCAAGAUCAGGACCGGCAGAGCCCCACCCUGGACCGCACCAACCAGCUUGGCAACAAGCUCCUGGCCCAGUGCACCUUUGAGAACCGGGAGGCCCUGCAGGGUCCGCUGAGCGACAUGAACCGGCGCUGGAAGGCCCUGACAGAGCGCAGCUUCGACAGACAGCACAAGCUGGAGGCUGGCAUGCUGGCCCUGGGCCAGCUGGACUCCACGCUGGACGAGCUGAUAGGAUGGAUGGACCGGGCCGACCAGGCCAUGCAGGACCAGAAGCCCAUCAUGGGAGACCCUAGGCAGGCCGAGAUUGAACUGGCCAAACACAAGGUCCUUCAGAACGACAUCAUGUCGCACCAGUCCAGCGUGGACUCGGUCAACCAGGCCGGCCGCAAUUUUGUUACCACGGCCGACAACCGCCAGUUGGCCAGCGUCAUCAAGAUCAAGCUGGACGACCUGAACGUCAAGUGGCGCAACUUGAUGAAGAAGAGCGAGGACCGGCAGCGCGAACUGGAGGGAAGCCUUGGAGAGAGCAAGUUGUUUGGAGAUGAAGCCAAUCGCCUGCUCCACUACCUGAAGGACCUUGACAGCCAGCUCUCAUCGGCCCAGCCAGUCGGUGGACUACCAGAAACUGCCAGAGAACAACUAGAAAAACACAGUGACCUAAUGAAGCAGAUGGCCCGAGAGCAGAUGAACUACGACCGCCUGAUGGACACAGGUCGCCGGCUGCGCAGCAAGGCUGGACCCGAGGCGGACCGCGAGGGCGGUGUUGGCCACACGCUGUCGCAGCUGCAGAACAACUGGGAGAAUGCCAAGCAGAAAGCCACAGAGAGACAGACCAAGCUUGAAGAUGCCCUGAAGCAGGCCCAGCAAUUCCACGAUGCCUUGCAGUCCUUCAUCACCUGGCUGACCACAGCCGAGAAGACCAUGAAUGCUGCCAAGCCUCCAAGUACCAUCCUGGAGACUGUCAACCAGCAGAUUGCAGAGCACAAGGACUUCCUUCGGGACAUUGCAGCCAAGCGAGACACCAUGAAAGACCUGGACCGGACCGGCACCCAGCUCAAGUACUUCAGCCAGAAGCAGGACGUGACGCUGAUCAAGAACCUGCUGAUCAGCGUGCAGAACCGCUGGGACAGGGUCCAGAACCGCUGCAACGAGCGCAGCCGACAGCUUGACUCCGGCUUCAAACGCUCUAAACAGUUUGCUGACCAGUACAAGAAGAUGUUUGACUGGCUGGAUGAAGCCGAGAACAAACUGGACUUGGACAAAUCCAUCGGUAGCGACCCUGAGACCCUCAAAGCUCAACUCAGGAAACACAAGGAGCUCCAGCGCUCUCUGGGAUCCAAGCAGCCGACUUACGACGGCACUCUGCGAGCCGGCCGCUCCCUGCGAGAGAAGAGUAACCCAGCUGAUACCAAGAUCAUCAAUGGCAUGCUGACGGACCUCAAGGACAAAUGGGAUACCGUCUGCGGCAAAUCGGUCGACAGGCAACGCAAGUUGGAGGAAUCCCUGCUGCACAGCGGCCAGUUCAAGGACGCCCUGCAAGCCUUGCUGGACUGGCUGUACGAGGUGGAACCCAAACUGAAUGAGAACAACCUGGUCCACGGCGACAUCGACACUGUCAUGAACCUCAUGGAAGCUCACAAGAGCUUCCAGCGAGACCUGGGCAGCCGCAAGAGCAGCGUGCGCUCGGUCAACAAGUCGGCCAAGGACCUGAUGGAGAAGUCCAGCGAGGACACCUCUCACCUCAAGUCCAAGGUGCAGGAGCUGGGCAUCAAGUGGGACAACGUCUGCCAGCUGAGUCUGGUCAAGCAGGACCGCCUGGAGGAUGCCAUGAAGGAGGCUGAGGAGUUCCACGAGGCGGUGCACAUGCUGCUGGAGUGGCUCGCCGAUGCCGAACAGACCCUCAAAUUCCAGGGACCAUUGAGUGAAGACAAGGAGAUCAUCCAAGAUCUACUGGAAGCCCACAGGGACUUCAAGCUGAGAAUCGACACCCACGAGGGACGGCUGAACGAGGCUUGUCAGCUGGGCGAGGCCAUCCUGGCCAAGUGCCACCCAGACGCUGUCACCGUCAUCAAACACUGGAUCACAGUACUACAAGCUAGAUGGGAAGAGGUGAUGAACUGGUACCAGGAGAGACAGGACAAGCUGGAGGAUGCCCUGACCAACCUGCAGGAGAACGCCGAGCUCCUGGAGAAGCUACUCAAGUGGCUGGAGCAGUCGGAGAACACCUUGCAGGAGAGGGACACCCGGCCCACUCCCGACGACAUCGAUCGCAUCAACAAGCUGCUGGAGGAACACCAGGCAUUUGAGGAUGACAUGGCCACCAGGCAGUCCGAAGUCGACCGCCUGACCAAGUCCCACAAGCGCCGCCGCUCCACGGACAUCGGCCCUGCCGGUAUCCCAAUGCUUGACCGCUCGCGCCGCGGCAAGGGCAGCCGGCCCAUGAGCCGCGAGCCCAGCCCCGGCCCGGACGCCUCGCGCAACCCCCGCGUGGCCGCCCUGCACAACAAGUGGAAGCAAGUCUGGCUGAUGGCCAUGGAACGCAGACGCAGGCUGCAGGACGCCCUCGACAGACAAGCAGAGCUGAAGAAGCUGAAGAACUUCAACUUUGACGACUGGCGCCAGCGCUACGUGCGCUGGAUGAGCCACAAGAAGGCUCGCGUCAUGGACUUCUUCCGCAAGCUGGACCUGGACCGUGACGGCAAGCUGACUCGCAAGGAGUUCUCGGACGGAAUCAUCAAUUCCAAAUUCCCGACCAACCAGCUGGAGAUGAACGCCGUGGUAGACAUCUUUGACCGGGACGGCGACGGCUACGUGGACUACAAGGAGUUCAUCGCCGCGCUGUGGCCGGAGAGGGAGAGUGGCCAGAGCCAGUCCCACCCAGCGACUGACGCUCAGAAGAUCGAAGAUGAGGUGAAGCGGCAGUGCAACCUCUGCACCUGCUCCAAGAAGUUCAAGGUGCAGCGCAUCGCCGAGACCAAAUACCGCUUCGGCGAGUCGCAGCAGAUGCGCCUGGUGCGCAUCCUGCGCAGCACCGUCAUGGUGCGCGUGGGCGGCGGCUGGCUGGCACUGGACGAAUUCCUGGUCAAGAACGAUCCUUGCAGAGCCAAGGGACGCACCAACGUGGAGCUGCGCGAGCAGUUCAUUCUGGCCGAGGGCGUGACCCAAGGCUUGACGCCCUUCCAGUCCAGUCGAAGCCGGCGCUCUCGCUCACCAUCUGAGUCCAGUACUGGAAGCGCUGGUUCCCGCAGCCUCAGCGGACCACUCAUCAAGAUCAAAGAAAAACGGAAGGUGACAAGGCCCUGGCAAGAAGGAAGCAGCCUAUCGCCAAGAAGCACAACAAGGACCUCGGCCUACUCCAGCAGCAGCGGUGUCAAGAACGGUGACCCUACGAUCAGGAAGAGCACGACCAGAGACACACACUCCGCACCCGGAAUGGGUACAGGUCGUCCUGGGGCCUCGGGCUACUCCACUUCCACUAACGUGCUGGGCACAUACUCCACAGUGGACGUGCAGACCAAGCCCAGGGGAAGCAGCAUGCGUGGCGAGGUCACGGUGCGCACCUUGCGCGAUGAGGAGCGCACCGUCACCAGGCCCGCCUCCUCUGCCUCGUCCGUCUACGCACGGCUGAGCAAGCCCACUAGCAAGACCACGACCACAACCUCCACGACCAAGACAUCGCCCAAGCCCAAAACCGGGGCCUGGCGUUAGAGAGCCUGAUCCCACUUCUGACACCAAAUCUAGACAAUCACCCUUGAGCUUGCACUGAAAGAGUAAAAGAGACAAGACAUUAAUAAUCCACUGGAAAACAGUUCUUAGAUGCUUUAUUACAUGUUAAAGGGUGCCCUGUAAAUGGAAAACCCUAUGGACAUUUAUAUCUUAGAAUUUAAGAAUUUCAUAGUUCAUUAAAAAAAAAACGACCUGCUGGAGUUCUCUAUGAGGAAUUAUUUCCAGUGCUACUAAAACUUCUGCAGGACAUUAAAUUUAGCUACAGAAAUUACCGCGGCAAGUUAUCUGAAGGGAUGUACUUGUCUUGGUGAAUUCUGUGCCUGUUUGAUGUCCUUGCCUAAACACUUUUUCUGUCUCUUUGUUUUUGCCGCUCUUGGGAAAAUUGUCAAAAUUAAUGUACUGUCUUCCUCUAAAAGUUACUUGUUGAAAUGAAGAAGAUGUUAAAGUAAACGUUGAAUUUUUCUCUGAAUGAUAGUCUUAGAAAACAUUUUGAUUGAAAUCCUGUGUAGAAAAUAUUGUUUUGCUUUCAUAUCUGUAUAUAUCGGUAGGAUGUGAUUUAUUAUUCCUGUCUUUUUUUUCUAUAUUUGAUCAUAUUUUUGUAUCUGUAGGUGAGACAAAGUCAGUUACUUACUAGAUAUGAGUUUAUGCAGUGUUUAUUGAAAAAAAAAAGUAUACAUGAAAUAGUUGUGGAUUGGUGACUGUGGAUGUUUUGUUUUGAAAGAUGUCCAACUGAAAUAGCCAAUGUGGUCUUAAUAGUUUGGGGUUGUCAUACCCCAUAACGACAGUCUACCAAUUGUGACAGUGUAACCAUCGAUUGUGUCAAGAUGUACCAAUCAUGUGACAGAUCCACGCAGUUGGAUUUGAAAACUAUAAAAAAAAAAAAACUUAAAAUCACAUGAAGUGAUUAAGUGUCAAGAUUGUGGAGAAAUGUGCUGCCCCUGAAUUGGGGAUUGUGCCAAAGUAACCACCCCUACCAAAAAAAAUGGAUUUGCUCGUUAAGUUGAUGUAGAUUAUGGUCAAGUGUAUGUGGCCACGAUCUGACAUUGUUUAAUUUUCAUGUAGACUAGAUUUUUUUUUCUAAUAACAGUGGCGCAGACGUCGUCAAACGACAGGAUUAUUUUGUUUUUGUCAAGUAAAUGCCAUUUCUUAAAUUGGUGUGUGGGAUCUUUUUUUAUAUAUUUUUGAGUGGAAAUGGUCGCAAAAGACAGCAUAGACUUUAUUGCUUGAAAUUACAUGUAAAAAAAUUGUUAAAAAAAUAACAUAAUUUACUAGUACAGUGUAGUAAUCUUGUAGUUGUAUACGUGAAGUAAAAACAAAAUACAAACAAUCCAUAAUAUACAUGUAGUGUAGACAAGUGAAUUUUGAAAUUAAUUCCUUUUUAUAUGCUGAGUUUGGAAAGAAACUAAGUUUAUCCUUUUAUUCUGAAUAAUACAAACUUUUGGGGAGAAGUCCUGUAUUAUUUGUGAAACAAACGGAUAUUCCUUGUAAUAUGCCGUAACUUUAACUGUGUUGUUCUUACAUGAGGAACUUGAAUGGGGACCAGUUUCUUAUGUUUGAUUUCAACACGGUUUGGUUUGGUACUGGAAGCGAAAACAACUUGUGGGGACCAGUUGUUUUUCUGACAGGUAACCAACUGUUAAUCUAACUACCGAUUCAGCAUAUAUUCCAAUCAUUCAAAAAAAAAAUUCCAUUUAUUUGUUUGUGUUGAUUAUUUUAACACUAUACCCGGUUUGCAUUUUAUUUGCAGGCACUGAAUAUGUGGGGACCUGUUCUGCGCCUGCAUUUAACUUGAAGAACGUGUUUUUAAAAAAAAAGCCUAAAUUUGUGAUUUUGUGUGGAUGUUGGGGACACAUCCAAUCAAAAUCAUGAACAUUGUGUCGUGGUUCGUUUUUGGAUUGACAGGUUUUUCCUGGAUGGCUUUUGGGGAUCAGCGAUCAUAGGAAAUUACCUGUCAAACCCAGGAUGUAACACACAGUAACUAAAUCAUGCAUUUAGUAAUCGCAAAACCAGUGUUAACCAUGAUAAGCAGCGUUAUUUUAACUACGAAAUGCUUCCUUUUUUUUUUUUAUUAAAGCAAGCAAGUAAUAAGAAACUAGAUGUAGCUUUGAAAAUUCAAUUUUUGUUUUCUUUUUGCAUCAGUCUUUCGUAUCAUAUAGUGUAUAAAAAAAAAUGUAUAGUGUACUAAGCGUUCCAGGUUAAUGGUUCACAGAGUAGAUUAUGUCGUUCAAACGAAUAAGCUGUGGUUAGUAAUCACUAACCAGGAGGGGUUUAAUAUAAACCAGUUGAAUUAACUCAUCGAGAGGCUCCCUAUUGGACGGGUUACACAGGUCACUUAACCGGGUUAAUAAGAAACAAUCCUUGAAGGAAUUAGCUAACUUGACAUUACUACUCUUGCAUCAAUGACUGGCAUUCGUAUAUUAGCUUGAGUAACAAAAAAAUCACAUUAACUGUAUGUAAUAGUAUAAUACUUGAUGGUCGUUUGAAUGUGCUCUUCGGAUAAAAGAAGUAAUUUUGUAAUAACUCGCAUUCGAUUUCAUUGACCGUCUUAUAUUAUACUGGUUCGAGCAAUUGCUGAUGUCAAUCUUUCAAAAUCUGUUCCAAAUUUGCCAAACUUAGCAAAUUAUCAAACAGUUUUACAGUUAGCAUCACGGACCAAGACAAUAUGUGAUACAUUGUUGGGAAUCGAACCCCUGCCAUCCAUAUGGCCGUACAUUUCUCUUUGCCGUGUCAUUGUGGGCGUCAUGUCACGUUUCGUCUUUCAACAAAAAAAAUGUCGAUGAUUCUCAUUUGCAUAUGAUUAUUACUUAAACGUGAAAUGGGUUAUUUGGCGUGAAGAGAAACCGACAAUUAUCAUAAAAACUGUUAGAAAUCAACGCAUUCUAUUUUGCAGUAGAAAAUAGAGACCCGAAAGAAAACAUAAAAUAACGUGAGUUAGACUUCUUUCGAGGCGUUUUUAUUUAAAUGCGUAGUUUUCUAGAUAUGUUUGCAUUUGAUUUGAUUCAGUUUGCGUUGGAAGGAGGCAUCCUUAAAAUUUAAACGAUUUGUAGCAUUUUUUUAAAAUAUAAAACAAUGUGAGCGAGAUUUAAGUUUACCAUUAAAUUUUCUUGUUUAGUAGCACUUUUUCAAAAAAAAAUACCUAAUUUUGUUUUUCCAUGCUCGUCGUAGAUUUCAAUUAGAUUUUCUUGCACUAGUGUUUUGACAAACAUAUUAUAAAAAUGCGACAAUCGUAAAUGUAUUAUUCAAAUGUUUGGCGAUAUCUUUUUUGUAAUUGGCUGAACUGUUUCUACCAUUCGUUUGAAUAACAUGUUCUUUUUGUAUGUGAUUGGUCGAAAGUUAUGGCGAUCUGAGUGACGUCAUUAGUUCUGUCCAAUCAAAGGGACUUAUAACGGUGUCGCUUUAUAGUGCAGGUUUAAAAACAGUACGACUGGUUGCAAGACUAGGAGUUUACAUUUUUUGUUUAAAUUGAGGCAUUAGUGAUGCUUGUUAGAAAUGCAAAACUUGUUUGUUUUUUUAAUUGACAAUUGUAGGAGGUUUACUCUAAGUUUUCGUCAGCAACGGAUUUGAUUUAGUUGUACACAAUCGGCUUUCCUACAUUUGUUUGGGGGACUUUUUGCUAUAAUCGUGUUUGUCACACGAUUGCCUUUAAGCGAAUAAAUUUUUAUUUUGCAAUAAAAACAUAAGCCA